CUUGUAAAUACUUAAAAAUUACAGACCCACAUCAAUUGUAAAAACAGACUCAUCUUUUAUUGCAAUUUCAUUUAAAACAACACACAAAAUGCAUUCACCACACAGUGUUUAGUGAAUAAUCCCCUCAUUGUUUACUACAUUGCAGAGCUUCCUGCUGCUUCGGUAAACCAUUCCUAUUGGGCAGUUAUCUAAAACGUCAGAUCAAAUCUUUGCAAAAUUCACGCACUUGAAAUAUAAAAACCACAGACAUUGCGUAAAUUGCUUAAUGUGCUACUCAAGAAAAUACAAAAUAAAUCUAAAUUUCCUGUAUUUUACUUGCACACCUUAACAUGUGCAAUAUCAAAAUCGUGAUGUGUGGGGAAUUUUAAAACAUGGGGAGGUUCUAACACACACGACAUGCAAUGUCCUCAUAGACCAACUUCAAAUGUAAACUACACCAAAGUGUUGCAAUAAUGAGGAAGUGAUCCUAUUGCCAAAUAUCUCUAAUUUGUAGUAAGUCAUGACUGAUGUGACACUGGCUGCCCUCUGCUGUGACCUUGUCACAAGCCAUAAAGAGUUAAUUAGGAACUGACCUCUCUCUCCCUGAGCAAACCAGUCUUACAAGCCACAGCCUGAUACUGGCAGGUAGGUGAGGGCAUUACCACCUCUUAGCAAACAGAACCCCUUGCAUUCCUGUAGCAGCUCAGAGACUGUGCAGCCUGUGGUAGGAGGGGUGACCCAGUGCCAGUUUGCCCUCUAGCAAUCUAGUAAAGGUGGAUCAGCUGUUGCUGAGGUGAAGAGUCAAUCAAACCGUUGCCAGGCACAAGGCUUCUCCAUGCCCCGAACGAUGUAUAGGUGUGCAAAGGUGACCGUUUUAUUGAAGGAGUGAGAUAUAGGAUAAGGAAGGGCUAGUCCACCUCCUCUCUCUCCUUCACGAGUGAUGCCCCACCCUUCCCCCUGAUUGAGCCUGACAGACUGGUUAGAUACCUGUGGAUCUGAGAGCCUGCUCCUGCCUUCCUCUCUGCUCUUGUUUCAUGACAGCACCAAACUUGUGGACUCUUCAAUGGCUAACCCUAAACUUGCUUACUGCAAUGGGAAUCACACUGGGCCCCAGAACCAUCUGAAAAAUGGACUUUCCAAAAGAAACGGCCUCCAUAAAACUCUGCAGGUAAGUGCUGCUGAACUUCACCCUCUCAGUGCCAGGACUCCAGGAGGGGUGGGCGCUGGCAAUCAGUGCAUUCAGUUCUGUGUGUCUGGCCCAGCACUUCUAACAAGCUUUGCAACAUUGUAUCACAAGCUUAGAACGUUGUUACAGAAUGAACGUUCCAUUCUCAUUAACCCCUCAAGGUGCGGUAACAUUCCAGGCGUUUCAUAAUCUGCAGGGAGGGCAGAGCGCCUGUUCUUUAAGAGGUUAAUAAUCUAAUAGUCCUGCUUUGUUUGUGUGUUGCUCUUGUGUAAUUCUUCCAACCUGCUAAUGAUUUGUGUUAUAAUUAACCCAGCAUUAUUUUCAGAUCACCUAUCCUCCUCUGAGACACUGUGUGUUUGUGAGUUGGAUCAUUAGGAGCCUGAUGAAGAGAUCACAGGGUCUCUGGAGAGCUGGGGGCCAAGCUUGCCUUGUUACCCAUUAACCCAUUGACUGCCAGGCUGCAGUAAACUGCUCAGCUUCUCCCAUUGGGUGUCUAAACCUCACCACUUUACAACACGGAAAUAAUACGACCUACCGGCAGGACUGACAGUCACGUGGAUUGUCAUAGUAUGGGGGAAGGGCUGUUCAAUCAAUCAUUAGUGUAACUGUUUGGUACCCUGGGGGCAGCAGAAUGCAUGAUAGACAUUUAUUAUUUUCUGGGUCUCCAAAAUGUCUAAAUAAUUGUAUUUAUUAUUAAUUACAGUGGUUGCAAUCUUUGUUUAGCAAUAGUUAAUUCUAUUUUCCUUGAAUUGUAUGAGGAAGUGAUUUACACUGAAAAAGCAUCAUUUAGAAAUAAAUGGAACAAAAUCAUUUUAAUCUUUUUUUUUUUUUUUUUCUACUACUUUGUCAUAACAUGUAUUAUGUAAUAAAAUAGAUAACAUCAGUGGAAAAAUGGCCCUCAUAUGACUAAUUUAGGGAUUUGAAGAAUGGGUGUAUGUUGUUUUUCCAUUGUAUAACUAGAUUUUCUUUUUGUAAUGUGGUGUUCUACAAUGUUUCCUACAUUAUUUUCAGCAUUUGUGUAGAGCCAACAUAUUCUACAGUGACUCGUAUAUUUAUAUUCUACAGGGAUACAACUGCAAACUAUUACAAAUGUUAACAGGAAACACAGAGCUUUUGACCAGUUUUUGCUCCUUCCAAAAAGUCUGAGCAAAUCUGGUUCUAGAAACACUCCAAGCAAUAACCCCCUUGGCAACCAUAAUAUAACUAUACUUGUCCCAUAAAUAUUUGCUGCACAGAUUUGGGUUCUGGGAAAAGAGCUAUAUUUCUCUCAUGUGGACCGCUAUACUGUAAGUGUACACAUGUGGUGCACCUGCUGACGAGGCUUGCUUUCAUUUAGAAACCUUAAUUUACGUUUGUGUUAAAGGAGUAGUCUAAGCACCAUAACUACUACAGUUUGAUGUAGUGAUUAUGGUGCCAGGUUUGGCCUGGAACCUCUCCCCCAUUAUCAAUAGUCAAACAAUUUUAGGAUGGUUUUACCUCUUAACUGGGGUUUGCUUGGCUCUGUUCCGCAACUCUACCAGCUAGAGAGGUGGCAGCAGGGAGUGGUUCCUGGUAGACUCCGGGUAAGAAGUUAAACUGUUCUAAAAUGGUUGACUACUUACAAUGGGAGAGAGCAGGGCAAUUCUGGCACCAUAACCACUACAGCGUGCGGUACUGGUUAUGGUGUUUAUGUUCCUUUUAAAAGAACACUAAAGUGUUAGGAAUAAAAAUAUGUAUUUCUAACACGAACAUGUUUCUAAGCCCCUUGGCCCCCUAAACGCUGUAAAAGGUUAAAAACACCUUUUUACACUUACUCGAUUCCAGCGCCAAUGUUCUUCAGCACUGGGUUACACUCCGCAGUGAGCACUAUGAGCACAUGAAGCCUUCCCCAUAGGAAAGCAUGGUGCUGGGAAUCCAGUGCCAUUUCAGAUGAAGUGGGCUGGUGCCUAUAGUGUCCCUUAAAGUGUUUUACUAUAAGGGGAUAUUUUAACAAGGGUAGCACACAAUGCACCCCACUCCCUCAUAACAGUGACCGCUAAUACAGAAGAGGUUUACAGCCGGUGCCUACUUGCCUUUUCUUUAUUAAACAGCGGGCCCUGUGACCGGUAGUAGUUCCAGUGAAUAUAUUCAUUAUUUGGCUGAAUGAGAAGUAAGAUUAAAGUAAGUCAGUUCUAAAUUAAAAUGCCACUUUUUAUAAUUUACUUAUUUAUUGGUAAACAAAAUCAGCCUAGUGUAUAGGCUGAUUUUGUGUGAAAGUGUUAAGUAAACAAAUUAUAUCUUACUAUUAUUAAAAAAAAAAGUAAAAUACAACAUAUAACUGGAAAGGACACGUUACAAUAUCCCUUAUCCUGUCAUUGCAGCAGUAAAAUAUUUAGAAACUAAACUCAUAAAUCCUAUCAAAAUAUAAUUAAAUCUGUGAAAAUAUGUAUUAUUUCAUCCUACCACAUAAUGCAUGUAAAAAGUGUCCAUGAAAGAAAGUCCAAAAAUAUUAUAAAAACUGAAUUCACAGUCUUAUUUUAAACCAGACGCUGAAAGCACCAUAACAACAUAUGUUCCUUGCGCUGAUUAUGGUGCGAGGAGUAUCCACACCCAUUCCCCUCUGUAUAAAGCUGUAGUGAUUUAGAAACCUUUCUGCAGCAAUAAUCCAGCUCCUUCAUUGCUAGCCCUUUACCUGUUCAAAUAUUUGCCAGUGCCGAACAUUCAAAUCUUUACCCCCAAAAGAGCCCGAGCUGUGGAUGCCUUCUGUGUACAGAUCUAUACAAAGAAAAACUAAAAUGAAUUGUCAGUAAGCGGAUUGCAGGCACUGUAUAGCUUCUUCCAUCUGUUUAGGCAUUCAUUCCAUCCAUCCUAUCUGAUGAUUGGCAUUGCUGCCAUGUCCCAAUUAACCAAUCAGAGCCUCUUGAUUGACUGGUGUCCGCUAAGCUCACUGCAAACUCUCAACCUAUAAUAUUUUUAUUUUUUUGUAUAUUUUUAAUACAAAAAUCAAGCUGGCAUAUCACUAAAAUGUAUUCAUCUCCUAGGCCUUAUGCAUGCCAAAGGUCCAUGUUAUCACAAAUAGUUUUAUUAAUCAAAAUCUUAAUUAGCAGAUCUCUAUAGGGUUCGUCUCAAUGAAGUGGUCUGGGUGCAUUGCACCUGUAACGUAAAACACUGUCAUUUUUGUAGAUAUUUUAAUGUUUCCCCUGCAGGGCUAAGCACACCUCUUCAGGGUGCUUCCACUGCUAUUCAGACUCAGUCCUGUGACAUUCGGUGUCCUCACACAUUGCAUGAGGACAACAGAAUGUUUGUAAUGCAUCUAAUAGAGAAACAUUGGUUUCAGUGCUUCUCAAUGAGAGUCAUUUGGAGGAGCGAGUAAACUGUUUUUUUUUUUCUCCCCUAUUUAAUCAGGGGGGCAGAAAUCUAAAUAGGUGCUGGAACACUGUAGUGUUCGGGACACAUGUUUAUUUCCCUAACGCUAUAGAGUUCCUUUAAGGCCACAAAGAAUCUUCAUUUGUGGAACUACCUAUUUUUUCAAAUGUAUUUUCUGUUAUUGUCCAUCACCACCCUAGUUAAGAUGAAAUGUCAGCUGGAUACUAGAACUAUGAAAUAUUUUUGUUUCUAUAACCUAUCCGGGAAUAGGGAGCUCUGAAGUUCCUGUUGUGAAGGUAUUUCAGGUUUCCAAAAUUCUUUAAAUUUCCCGAUUGUUUCCUGUAAGUAAACACUGCCCCAAAGUCUCCACCUUCACCAGGUAGAAAUAUUUACUUUCCAAAGCCAUAAGGAGGAAGGGUCAUUAUUAUAAAAUGUACAAUUACCCCAAAGAAAGAAAGGAAGCCGAAACGUUUUUAGAAAAAAAUACAUAUAGUGUCUUUAUAUUUGGCACUAAGGUUGCCAAUAGCUGCUUAUAAUAAUCCACAUUAUAUUCUGAAAUUCCUUUUUAUGUGAUUUUAAUUAGUUUUACCUUUUAGUUAUUUUUUUGUUAAAAUUUAAUUAAGUCAGUUUCCAUUACCAAGUGGUUCGCUGGAAAACAUUGGCAAUGUAUUUGCCAGCUCUGCAAAUCCAAUAUUGAAUAUUGUCAUUGCAAAUAAAAUCUUUCAAACUAAUUUCACUAACAUUUACGUAAUGCAAAUUGUGUUUUAAGGUGAAAGCUGUUAUGCAAUAAAGUAUCUGCUUGAUGAUACAUCCGUUUUAAACAUGUCAACAGUCUUUCAAAUUUUAAAUGACAUUAUCUGAAAAUGAUUAAAUGCCUCUCUAUAUUCUAUAGUAAAUGUAAUCUCAUCAGGCCCCAUACAACAGCAAUAAUACUCACUCUGUCUGUCUAUCUAUCUCACCUGAACAUGCAUUUAUUAUAGGGUGCUGCUGGGGCCAAUUUAUACAACAUACAAAAUAUACAAUCCAGCGUACUCGCUCAUUCACUAAACAGUGAUUUCAAGUCUCACAGAUUUGUAAUUGUUUUAUUUAAAAAUACCUCACCUAGGCAAAAAAUAAUGGGGGUUUAGUUACAGAAACAUAGAAUGUGACGGCAGAUAAGAACCAUUCGGCCCAUCUAGUCUGCCCAAUAUUUCGAAAUACUUUUAAUUAGUCCCUGGCUUUAUCUUAUAGCUAGGAUAGCCUUAUGCCUAUCCCACGCAUGCUUAAACUCCCUCACUGUGUUAACCUCUACCACUUCAGCUGGAAGGCUAUUCCAUGCAUCCACUAUCCUCUCAGUAAAGUAAUACUUCCUGAUAUUAUUAUUAUUUUUAAUUUUUUAUUUGUUCCAAAGCAGGACAACUUAUACAUAGCACACAUAACAAUAUCAAUACACUUUCAAAAUAGGCAUAUACGCAGCAGUUUUCGGCUUACAACAUUAUCCGCAUGAAUGCACAUUCUAGUUUUUACAUAUUACAGAAUUCGCAAUCAUGAAAUGCGUUUUUUGCCUGGAUUUUCCAAGGUGUGAUUAACUCCCUUAAGUAUCUCAAGACAUCCCACUUGGUGUUUUCGUAGUACAAUAAAACAUGUAACUACUGUGCUGUAGCUUGCACUGAGAACAGGUAGGGGUACUAUACAUAUUGGCAAUUGCUUCUCUAGCCUUAUUGUAUGCCCUUGAUAGUCCCGUUAUGCACAAUCUUGCAAUUGUAAGGAAAAUUAAAGAUGGUUCAAAAGAUUGGAACCAGAAAGAGAGAGAGAGCAUCCUCGAGGGUCCGAGAAAGAGAAGUAGUUGGGGUUGAGCAUGGGAGGGCUGAAAAAGGGGGGGAGGAGGGGAGUCUAGGGGGAGCCGCCCAACGAUAAGUGUCGCAAGGAUUGCAUUGCCUUACUGACUUCAUCUAUCCUAGGCAUCCCCUAAGUUUCCCUCAAAGAGAGAUGGGCUUAGGUGAAGCGGUCUGUAACUUUUCUCUUCAGUGCCCUGAGUGGUGCGGUUGUAUGGUUUAUGUGUUUGGUCCAGUCUGCUGUUUUAAUUACUUACUGUACUAUUGAUCCAAGGGUCCCAGAUCUUUUCAAAUUUCUUCGUAGUUCCUCUGACCUGAGCUGUCAAUUUGUCCAUUAAAAAGGUAUCCUUUAUUUUAUGUUUUAUUAUUGCUAUCGUAGGAGUGUUCCUCUGUAGCCAUACCUGCGCUAGGGCUCGUCUUGCGGCGAGGUUUAUUUUGUGAAGGAGGUUUUGUUCCGUUCUUGUCCAAUCAUCCAUGGAUCUUGACAAUAGGAACACCCAUGGGUCUAGCUUAACCUCCAUUCCGAACACUUCUCGCAACAAUGCUACGAUCCGUUUCCAGUAUAUCUGCACCACUGGACAUUCCCACCACAUAUUUAAUAUACGUACCCUUAUGUCCGCAGCCCCUCCAGCACAAGUCUGUUGGGUUUUUACGCAUGCGGCACAGCGUCCCUGGGGUGGUAUACCACCGAAAUAAGGUAUAUGAUUGUUCCUGCAAGGAUACGCACACUGAAGAUGUUGCUGCUGCCUCCCAUAUUUCCUGCCAUUCUAUACCCUCCAGCACUUCAUUCAAAUCUGCUUCCCUCUGAUCUAUGUACUUAAUGUCUCCCCAUUCCAGAAUGUGAGCGCUCAGAUGGGAGUAUAAACAGGAGAUUAGGCCGCUCGGGAAUUGUUCCUUUGAACACAUUCUUUCAAAAAACGUCAAUGGUGUCGGCGCCGCCUUUUUGAUCCUGGGAUCUCGGGCAUAGUCUCUAAGCUGAAGAUAGCGAAAGCAGUCAAAAGGUCUCUACUAUUCAGUUCCUCAAAUGUGACAAUGGAGCCAUUUUCAAAUAGUUGAAAUGGUCUCUGCAGUCCUGCGUUUUCAAGUCCCUUAAAAUUCCUAGCUUUCAUGCCCGGAAGAAAAUCUCUAUUUCUCAAGAACGGGGUCAUUGGCGACGGGGUAGAUGUCAGGCCAUAUUUGAGGGCGGUUGCAUCCCAGACCCUGAGAGAGUCCUGUACCGCUUGGCAAGGCACCCGGUCCAGAGAUCUAAAUUCCUUAGGGGUCCACCUGAGGAACUGGGGGAGAUCCGGGCCCAUCAAAGAGGACUCCAAAUCCACCCACCUCCUCUCAUCAGGGGGUGUAUGCCAUAACGCUAUAUGGGUAAACUGGGCUGCCACAUAGUAGUAAUAAAGGUUUGGCAGCCCCAGCCCCCCGCUAUCCUUAGCUCUAUAAAGUAUAUUCCGUGAGAUCCUAUGUUUCUUAUUCUGCCAGAUAAACUUGCCGAUAGCCUGCUGAAGUGCUCCCAGGUUAGAUUUAGUCAAGUGGAUCGGGAGAGCUUGGAAGAGGAACACUAUCCAAGGUAGCACAUUCAUUUUCACAGAAUGUAUUCUUUCGAUCUACGAUAUUGGUUUAUCUACCCACGUCUCCAUGUCAUGUAUUAGUUGCCUGAUUAGUGGAACGUAAUUCUCUUGAUGCAAGAGGGAGGGAUCCGCCGUUAACCAGAUGCCUAGGUAUUUAAUGUGAUCUUUCGCUAUGUGGACAUGAUAUGUCUUCCCUAUAUGCGCCGCGUCUGCAUUGCUCAUGCCUAUGGGGAGUGCAUUCGAUUUGUGUAAGUUGACCUUGUAUCCGGCCACCGUACCAUACUCUGUCAGUAUCCCUGUCAGUGCUGCCAUAGAUUCCUGUGGGUCCGUCAAUGACAAUAGUAUAUCGUCAGCGAAUCCUGAUAUAACGUCCUGUCCCCCCACCGUGAUUCCCCUGAUCUCUGGGGUUACAUUUAUUGUUUGCAUGAGGGUUUUAAUGAUAGGACAAACAGCAACGGUGAAAGAGGGCAACCCUGUCUCAUACCGUUGCUCAAUGGGAAAGGGAUGGAUUGCGUUAUCCUGACUUGUGCCCUGACGUUGGAGUAUAAGGCUUUAAUUUUCGUGAUAAACCAGGCCGGCAUGCCGAAAUGGUGUAACUUCUCAAAUAAAUACAGCCAUUUGACUCUGUCAAACGUCGGGGGUUUGCAGCCUAGUUUGUCUCCCUAUAAGAUCAAUGUUGCGUCUCAUAUUCUUGAACAGUUGCCUACCCGGUACGAAGCCCACCUGGUCUGGGUGGACCAGGCUAGUGAGAAUUGGGUUCAGUCUGAUCGCUAACACUUUUGCUAAAAUUUUGUAAUCAUGAUUAAUUAAUGAUAUUGGGCGAAAAUUCUCCGGGAUUGAGUCAUCUUUCCCAGGUUUGGGCAAUAAGACUAUAUUCGCUAGUGACAUAUCUCGGUCUGGGAUCCCCCCAUCCUGAAGGUCAUUGAACCACAGUUCAAGGUGGGGCAGGAGUUCCUCUCUAAAUAUCUUAUAGUAGCUUCCAUCGAAGCCAUCUGGGCCAGGUGCCUAAUUGCUUUUCAGGGCCGAAAUUGCUGCAUCUAUUUCCUCCACUGCGAUCUGAUUCCCGAGUGUUGCCACAUCCGCCUCACCCAGUUUUGGGAGAGGUAUGCAAGAGAGGAAAUCUCAUAUCCCAUCCAGUUCCCGUUGUGGGUUCGUGGCUGCACCUCUCGAGUGGUUAUAUAGUUCGGUGUAAAAACCUAUAAACACUUUGGCAAUCUUUGUGGGAUUCGUCUGAUAGACUCCCGCAGUAUUCUUGAUCUUUGUGAUAUGUGUGUUCCGUUGUCGUGGUCUAAGGGAUUUUGCCAACAAGGUAUCCAUUUUAUUGGUCUUUUCAUAGAAGGUCCACUUUGACCACACUAUAGCUCUCGCGGUGUCAUCUAGGAGCGUUUCACGAAUAGCAUGCCUUAUGUCUUGUACCGCCUGCAAAUUGGUAGGUGUAGGGUCUGACUUAUGCCGCUGUUCUGCCAUUAAAGCUUCUAACUGAGAUGCCAAUAAUUGAGAUUUUCAACGCUUCUUUAUUGUCGCUUCUCUGCAGUAUACCUCUAAUGACAGACUUACGCGCUGCCCAUAUUACGGCUUUUGAUACCCCGAUGCUGCCUCCCUGAGAAAGUAUUUGUUCAACUCUCUACUAAUAGUCUCAACUAUUUCCGAAUCCUGAAGUAGCGAGCUAUUCAGCCGCCACGACCAAGGUAUUGCCGCGCUUAGUUUGUGUAAAGUAAUAGAGACAUCCGCAUGAUCCGACCAAGUUAUGGAACCCACUGUGGACUCCAAAACUCUGGAAACAGUCGGGGGGGGGUCAUAUAGUCAUUCUAAUCAGGAUGUUGAGCUCUCCAAAUAUCUAUAAGGCCUGACUGUUGCAUGAACGUGUGCAAUAGUUUGUCUUAUCCGCCUCUCCUGUGGGACCGGGGGACUCCUUUACAGAGCCCCCAUCAACUGCUGGGGACGGAGCUGCAUUAAAAUCACCUCCCACUAUCACCAUUCCGUGCGUUGUGGAAGGCUUAUGCAAUGCAUGAUCCUAUACUGUAACUAAACCCCCAAUAUGUUUUGCCUAGAAGAGGUGUUUUUAAAUAAAAUUAUUACAAUCUGUGAGACUCAAAAUCACUGUUUAGUGAAUAAAAGAGUGUGUUGGAUUGUGUAGUUCAUUAUAUCUAUCCAUAUUCUCCUCAGCAAGUCCCCUUUAGUCUACAUCUCCCCUGCACUGCAACAUUUUCCUAGAGCCUUUUUUUGCCAACAUUCUGUUUGCCAGUUUCACAUUUCUCGAGCUUUUAUACAAAGCAGAUAACCUCGCUAUCUCUCCUCAUUUUUUGCUGUUAACCUACCCAUCCUAGGUCAACUCCAGAGUCUGUAAUUUACCCAUUUCACUAGGUGUUUAUUAUUUGCUUCACUUAUUCUGUUUCUUUACAUCCUACCUGGAACCAUCUUCCUUGUCAAAUCUAUUCAACAUUGUACAAAUUCCUGAAAAUCCACCAAUUCACAGAUUUUUUCCUUGACUCGCCCAUAAUUUCACCCCUCUGUAACCUCACUUGACCACCAUCGUAUCAGUCCCUCCCUUGCCUUGACAUCUGCUUGCCCUACCCGAACUGCUGUGAUUUCCACAUGAUGUUUAAUAUGUUCUUUGGAAAAAAAAUCUAUAUAUGCGCUCUAUUGGUAAGGAUAGCACAUAAAACAUGAAAAUUAAAAUCAGAUGUCUGUGCUGAAUCUACUGCAAAGGUUUUGUACUUUCUUCUCCUACAGUUCAGCUGAAAUGUGAUAAUGCAGUCUAAGUAUCCAUAUUAUUUUGUAUGAGGUUCAUUCGUGCAGUGCUCGAAGUCUUAAGAAGUUCAGAGUUCCAUAUGCAACUGGCCCACAGUCUUGUGUACCACUAAUGCUGGUAAGAAUGUAACUGGCUCACCACUUUGUGUCCCCUCCCUUAUCCCUUUUUGGAAGAUCUGUAUCCUUGGAGAAAUAACCAAAACAAAUAAACAAAUGGAACUGCUUCUACCUUACCCCCUAGCAGUUAAAGUUAGGGCUGCAAGAUCAGCAUUUUUAUUAUUUUAUAUUUUUACUGGGGGAUAUCUUUGGGGUGUCCCCCUAGAUACAAAUGUUUGGUUCUUUCUUUGGAACUGUGUGAGAAACAUGUCUUGGUGUAUUUUGUUGAUUUUUCUCCUGCAGGAUAUACAGGACACCCACUGGUUGGAUCUGUUUUCAUGAACAGCCCCCUCACAGUAAACACGCAGUUGGACCAGCCUGGCUGGUGACCUGGAGUACUAUUGACCAUUAGGAUGACAAUAUUCUAUACAUCCUGACAAUGGGAAACUGAAUUUGUUGGCUGCUAGGCUUCCCCACCCAUGGGUAGGAGAUCGUGGAUGUAUGGGACGUAGCAUGUUCUGUUCCAAAUGAAAUUAUAAGUGAAAUAAUGGUGGUAAAAAAAAAUCCAAUUUAAAAAUUCCACCCAAAAUUGACAUCUAUUACAUGGUUCAUUAAGCUGUCCACUCUGCAAUUCGUAUAUGCAUUUACCAAGGUGACCUGGCAAUAUGUUACACUGCUUGUUUCAUGUUACCGCUCCUGGCUUUUAACUUCUGUUUGUGUUUUUGAGUUGGAUUACUACGUUUUUGUUUUAUAUAAUCAUUUUUUUUUUUUAUAAUAUAAUACAUGGGCGAACUUUACGUAUCCAAAUAAUAAAUCAGAUAAUAGCCUAUAAAGCAUAUGUGAAAAACCUAUUGCUAUGACUUAACACAAUAAUGUCAUUUACUUUUAUGUAACUUAAAGGGACAUUCCAAAUUCCUAAGCUCGCUUGACUAAUAGACUUAAUUUUAAAGAGACAGUAUGCAUUAAAAAUUCUUCCAUAUUUUCUUGGAUAUAUUCCUUAUGAAGAGGUGUUCAAAACCACCAAGUAAAGAAUAUCUAUACACACAUAAAAACAUGCUUUAUAGAAAUUCUACAUUAAUCAUUUAUUUUAUUAGUAAAAGACCACUCCACACCCAAAAAGCUCUUUAGCUUACAAAGGAUGUAUUUCAUAAGAAUUGCAGCUUUUCCAAAGCUUUUUUUUAAAAUAAAUCGCAAUUAACACAUGCUUGCAUUGCAAAUAUUGUGGAAUAUUGAUACAGUAGGCCGUAGCAAAUUCAUUUUGUAUCCUGGUUUAGUUCUAUGUAUGGUUGCCAUAACUAUGCGGUUAUGUUUAACUGUGUUGCCAGUAGAGGAAGUAACUGCAUAUGUUCCCAACAUGUGGAACACGUUUUAAGUCCCUUUUGGUUUUCGAGGGAGCCAUAACUAUAGAAAUUGAUGUUUGAUAGAUAUGAUGUAGGUGUGUUCCUAUCUACCACUUCUUAUAUAUUAACCUAUAGCUAUUUAGAUUUAUAAAUGAUUUUUUUUUACAUGUAUGUUUAUAAGGUUGAAAAAUUUGCAUACAUAUGUCACUUGCCCUAUCCAUUAUGGCGCACCUGGUGUGGCAGCACAAAUAUGAAUAAUUGUCUCGAUUACGGAGUCUCAAGUAAAUUGCUUCAAUCACAGUGUGUAUUAUGGAGAAUAAUGUAAUGCAUGGAUAGCAUUACCCACAAUACAGUGCCUGGUUAGAAAACCUUAUCAAUUUGUUAGUUCAAUGUACCUUCCUGAGAGGUUCUCUCACUGAGUCACCAAGCACCAAUUUUUAUUUUUGUUUUGUGUCUGCCGCCAUUUAAUCAGAUACUUUCCCAAAUCGUAAUGUCUGGAGCAAAGCUGGGUAGAGACAGACUGCAGUUGCUAUCUGGAAGUGUAACUCCAAUCAAUCUCUGUGCUAAUUAUUAAAGAAACACUAUAGUGUUAGGUAUACAAACAUGUACAUACCUCCCAACUGACCUUAUUUUUGGGUGCAAUUACUCCUUCCGUUCCUCUUUAUUUCUAUAAAUCCAUUGCUGGUGUUUUUUUUCUUUAUUUUUAUUACUUUCCUGCAUUACUGACUUCUCAAACGUGAUCAUAUCAUCUAAAAUGAAAUUAGUGGGGAAGUACGUAGAUUUUUUUUCUUCCCAUGUAGUAUGAAUGUACUGUGACUGGGGUUGUGUCACGAGGUAUAACCCCAACACGCAGAGUUUAGGAUGGCAAGGAAAACCAUGUUACUGGGCAUUAGAGUGGCCAGAAUCAGCGUAAACUAGAGAAAAGCCUAGUCAAUAAAGAAGCUGAGGUCAAGGUAACAGAGAGACAGCAAAAACGAGAACUAGCCAAAGUCGGGUACACGGCAAGGGUUAAAGACAAACUGUCAGGAACAAAGCCAAGGUCAGUACCAGAAUAUAACACGAUGAAUCAAAGACCUCCCUAAAGGCUACUGGGAACAUAAACCAUAAUAGGGCACAAUGGAUAAGGCCAGGAAAGUUUAAAUGCCUUUAAGUGAGUUUUGAUUGGUCCACGUCAUGCCUGUCACCCCCAAACGAUGCGUGUACAGGGAUGCUGGAAGUGAUGUGGGCCUUCCAUUGUACCUUUAAGAAUGUGCUCUGUACGCGAGCAGCAUUCUCACCUAUAAUAUUGAGGCCACGCCAUGGAUCAUAACAGUUUCGGCCCGUGGCCCGCUCAGAAGUGGAGGAUGGUUUGAGGACCAUGUAUAUAACACUACAGGUUGUAGAUAAGGGCCAUAUGUCUAUCAUUUCUCAUCAAAAAAUCGAGUGUUUAAACUUAUUCCCAUAUACAUGUAUUUGUUGGAACAAAUUUGUCAUUUAUUGAGAACUUUCUGUUUUGAUUUUAAUAGUGUGGUGCUUGUUAGGCUAAUGAUUGAUUUAUCUAAUAUCUGUCUCCUUUCCUCUUUUUGGUCUUAAAUCCUUCACUAUUCCUCCUUCCUCAGUCUAAACUCUUUUGACUUUUGCCCGGUCAACUUGAGUGGGGGGUGGGGGGGGUGCUCUUUCGAGUGUUGGCCUUGAUCAUAGCAGAAGUUCAUCAUUAGACCCCAUCGCCCUUUGUUUAGAACACUAGGACCCUGCAGCGAGGACUGAAACAGCCCUUCCAUCUAAAACAUUGCUUGUUUAGUACACAGGGCAAUGUUUUUUAUUAAAGGGUUAAACAGGACUCUAGUAGCUGUCUUCCUGACCGGCACUAAAUUACUUAGCUUUGCAAUGAUCAAGUUUUUAUAGUGUCUUAGUCCCUAUUUGGAUUCAGCCCCUGCUCCUUUUCAACUGUAAAUAAAAUGGAGAAAGGGAUUUUUUUUUUCCCAGUGCAGAGACUCACUUGAUGCUGCCGCCCGUACCAUCUCCCAUGUUUGUCCACCCAGUCAGUGAGCUGCAUUUGAUUACUUUUACACCGAGCAUCACAUGACCCAGUGAAAGUCGGUCGUUACAAAGCAAGCUCCUUUAGUGCUGGUCAGGAAGACAGCCAAUAGAUUUAUGUUUAAACCUUUAAUCAAAACAUUGUCGUAUGUACUAAACGACAAUGUUUUAGAUUGGGAUAAAAAUAUAGGGCCACUGCACCCAGAACACUUUAUUGAGAUGAAGAGAUCUGGGUGCCUGUAGUGAUCCUUUAACCUUAACAGGGUCUGAAAUGUCAGGAAUGAAAAGUGAAAUGUACAUUUUAAAAAAAUGCCGUUUUUUAUUUUUGUUUUUUUUCUUAUUUAUUUUUUUUCAAAAUAUCCUAAAUAAAAAUAACUGUCUGGGAGAAUUAUAUACCCUUAAAAAUUUGACUUGCACUUGAAUUACUAACAAUUUACACAUUAAUCUACUAACUUCAGUUUUAACCCUGUGAUUUAAAAAAAAAAAAAUGUCAAAGUUACAUAAAACUAAAACAUGUAUUACAGGAAAAUAAUGUUAUCUCAGAAAUCAUUCCAUAAACCACUUAACCUUUGGUCUUGUAGUUGAUUGUGAUGUCUCGAACUCCUCUUCGACACUAUUCCAUGAAUACUUACUCAGCUUAUCAUGUAUCAUUUAUACAUAUUAUUCUAUAUUGUACACACUUGGCGGGAGGUGGUGACGUUUCAUAAAGAUGAGGUGCUUGAAUGACCCGCCUAAUGAUCAGUUGGACUCGUAUAAAAUAUGAAUAUGGGCAUAAAAAUAAAACUAUUAUAAUUUUACCUUUAAAAUGAAAUAAAGAUAUGAUCCCACGGUCCUCCAUAGGCCUCAGUGCUGUGCAUGCGCAAGCGUACAUCAGUGAUAUCGGCUAUAGGUGCUUAAGUGCCAGGAGCAGAAGUGGACCGGCUGGGAGAAGAUGGCUGCGCCCCCGAGUGACAAGUUAAAAUAAGUUUAAGUCACUUUUGCCCCCGCAAGGGUUAAAAAAUAGAAAAUCUUUUCACUUACCUGGCUUUGUCUCUGCCGCCUCUGAAGUCAUUGCGAAGGAAAACCUAAUGCACUUGAUGUGGGGAUUUAGAAGACGUUGGGUGUCCUCUUGCAAUGCGUGACAACUUCCAACUUUGUUUUACUGAGUUUAAACUUCAUGAAGCAGCAGGAAGUGCCUGUAGAGGUAGCCUUAACCCGGCAAUGUAAGCAUUGAAGUGUCUCUUAAACUGCAGUGUUUUAAGCAGCAAGGUUAGGGGAUCUGGCACACUGCACCAAGACCACUUCAAUGAGAUGAAGUGGGUUGGGUGCCUAUAGUGUCCCUUUAAUCAAUAGCUUGGUGGUAGAAUGGUGUAAUCAUUAUCUUCGUGGACCAUGUAACUGUGUUUACCUGAGCAUCUUGAAAAUGUAAGAAAUAUUUUUGUAAUGAGAGACAAAAAUAUAAAAUCAAUUUUCCACGACUCUUUUUGGAAUUUUUGAAUAGGUACAGGAUAGAGGGUUAUGCAUUGUUGAUGACCUGCAUAUCUCAAGUUGGACUAUGAAAAGUCCUUGGGCAUAGAAAUCAUGUUUCCACAACAAUCCCAGAGUUCCCAGCUAGACAUGCAAAUGAGCACAGACAGGUAUUGUGGUUCAGUCUCCAUAGACCAUUUCUGCAGACACCCUUAUCAAUGGACAAUGUUUUAAACCCAGCUUUUAAUAAAGCAUUGCAUCAGUGACCAGAAACCAGCCAUGGACUGCAGUUUCAACCUUGUGGGUCUUAUCAGCAUGGAGCCAGUUCUGGUCUGGAAGUUGGUGUGUGUUUAGGAGUUAGGGUUAUUGUUUGCGUCAAGUGAUUCUAUUUUAUUUUAGGUCCUUACAUCAAUUAUUUACGAGAUAGACCUCCUUGAUGGCCUUCACCCUUGCUCUCUGUCAUUGUAAUCUAUCGUCUUUACAGAGGCAAUGUGUAAUCUCUAACUUUUUUCUCUCCUUUUCCCUUUCCCUUUCCCUUUCCCCAUUUUCUGUAAAGUAAAUAUUAUUUCUGGUUCUCAUCGUUAUUAGUCUUAAAAGGAAGAAUUAAAUUAUCCAAUGUCCAGCUGACCGUCCAUUGUAUUUUCAGUAAAGUCAAAGGGUGUGGUGGCCCAAAAUAUGUUUCUUCUAUCUUAGAGUUUAGUAUAGAACAUUCUCAAAAAUGUAUACUUAAUAAAUGAACAUGUCUUGCACAAACUCAAGAAAGAUAUGAGCCUGUGAUGCUAUCUGAUCAAAUCUCAGAAAUUCUAUUUAAUAUAAUUGUAUUGUAUAGAAAUUUGUAGGAGGCCAUUUAAAGGUUUGUGUAAAGGGUUACUUCAACUUUACUGACUCCUACCAACAUAUCUACUUCUAAAAGUGGUCGUUGAACUGCACUUUUGUGCUGGGGGCUAUUUACACCCCUGUUCUGGGCGACCAAAUGUCUGUUCUGCGCAAUAAUUAUACAGGCAGUGCGUUGGCAAGAGUGAACUUUUUCUCCCCUUGCUCCUACUAUUGCCGUUUAGCUCUGAGCCAGUGAAACUGUCUGAUCAGUUUCGCCGGCUCUUCCCUUUUAAAAAGCCUUUUAUUGACUGUGCAAUGCCCUGUGUGUGUGUGUGUGUGUGUGUGUGUGUAUAUAUGUAUAAAGGACCUAGUGAACAAGGCAUCGUAAUAUUUAAAAAUAGCUUUGGAAUUUUGAAUUUUAAUUAAAUGGCUUUAUUGGAAAUUAUCUAUUAUGUAGAAAAUGGUUUCCCCCCCCCCCUCUCUCUCACAAUUGUCCAGACAGGCUCAGCUACUCUAUAUGAAAACGUUUCCGAAAAGAGAAAAUGUUACCGUUUUUUUUUUCUGAAUAUUCUGGAAUACUUGUUAGGGUCUCCGUGGAUCAUUACCUGUAUGCAGACGUGAAUUCCACAAAGUACAGUGACAUACAAUCCAAUAAUCGUCAAGCUUAGGUUUGAUAUGUUUCUGUUUACUUAAAACAAGAUCUUGUGUUUGUGUACGGAUUCUGACUCCACUUACAGAUUUAAAGAAAACCUAACCCUUUUUCUAUUUUGUUGUUACAUCGUGAAGUUAUUCCCUGAAAGCGCCACACGUAUGUCAUUUAAAAGCAUUCUAUAGUGUAAUGAAUACAAAUUUGUAUUUCUUACACUAUAGUUCCUUUGUGCCCUCCUUGGCACUGCAAUGGUUAAAAAAAAAUCAAAAACCCUUCUUACACUACGCCUCCUCCAGCGUCAUCUGAUUGGGGGUGGGGGGCUACUGCGCAUGCACGGCGAGCACAUUAGACCUUUCUUACAGGAAAUCAUUGCUUCAUUGCUUUCCUAUGGGAUUUAACGGACGCUGGAUGUCCUGAUGCAGAGUGUGAGGAUGACCAGCGUUAGUUAGAUGACUAAAUGUCACCUAGCCACCAGGAAGUGUCUCUGGUGGCUCUGACCACCACUAGAGGCAGUCUUAGUCUUGCAAUGUAAUCAUUGUAGUAACUCUAACACUGCAAUGAUAUACAUUGUAGGACUAAGAGGGGCAGGGAAACUGCACCCAGACCACAUUAAUGAGAUAGAAGUGGUCUGGAUGCCUAUAGUGUCCCUUUAACUUUUUUCUUUUAAAUAGGAAGUAAAAUAUACUCCACAUAUCUCAUCUAAUUGAUCUGGUUUUUGAAUAAUGCUGAAUUGUUUAGCUAAGUGGGGACUUUCUGUUAAAGCAUUUUUUUUUCUUCGGUUAGUGGUUAGAAAGGUUAUUAUUCUCUGUCAUGUUGUAAACUAUUGACAGACAAACUAGGAUUCAUUUCUAAAAGUAGCAUGAUUUGUAAAGUGCUGUAAAGCUAAUCGGAACACAAAACUAGGAAAUCCGAAAUCUGCUAUACUAGGGAGAAAACGUUUCUUUAUAGCCUAUUAUUCUACCUCGUGUGUGUGGUGUGUGCGCGCAUGUAGGGUUGUGUUGAUGUACCGUUACCAUUGUAAUGUUAUGUAGUGGUGUACUUCUAUGUAAUGUUUGAGUUUUACAUGCAGGGGUUUGUUUGUGUAAAUUGUUGGCUUUUAAAUGCAGGUUUAUCAUAAGUAGCUGUUUCUGCAAAAAUCAACAACUGAUUACAAGAUGCCAAAUUCACAAUUCUGGGGACCACAACUCAAAAUAAGCUUUAAUUAAAAGGUUACCCCAAUCAUUAAAACCACUGCAGCCUGGCCCAGUUCCCCAGUCUGGGUCCCCGCCAGGUCAAGUGGCCCCUCAGAAGCCAGCCAUUAUGUGCAGGCAAUGAGUGCAGCUAAAUCUUUUAGGUUCCGUGAUUGUGUACUAUUCAUCAUCGCACUGUUUUGGUUUUGUCUUUUUAAUCCCUUAACGCCAUUACGGCGUUCUAUGCCGUCGCGGCUUUAAAGGGCUUUAGACCCGUUGCGGCGGCAUAGAACGCCGUAACGGCUUAAGCCCAGGGGAGGUCCGGCGUACUUACAUCCGCUGCGAUCCUCUUCUGGAGGGCUGCCUGACAGCCCAGGCAGCCCUCCCCCGGCGAAUGAGGCCCCUGGGGGCCAUGUGAUCGCUCUCAAAGAGCGAUCACGUGGCCCCCUAUAGCUGGCUGUGGAUCUGCCAGCAGAGGGAUUGUCUGAAAUAUCAGACAGUCCCACUGCUGGUGGGAAAUGUAAAAAAAAUACAAAUAAACAUGUUUAAAAUUAAUUAAAUGAUAUAGAUAUAUAGAUAUUAGUAUAUAUAUUAAAAUACACUUAGAAUGACGUUACAUAUAUAUUAUAUGUAUAUAUAUUAUAUAUAUAUAAUAGAUAUAUAACAUAUAUUAUAUGUAUAUACGUAUAAUUACAAUAAUAAAUAAAAUAUUGAAACAAAAUUUAAUAUAAAUUAUAUAUUUAUAUGCAAUUUCAUUCUAACUAUAUUUUGUUAUUAAUAUAUAUAUUGGUAACAAAAUACACUUAGAAUGACAUUCUAUAUAGAUCUAUAUACAAAAUACAAAUAACCGCAAAUAUAUAUAUAUAUAUAAUUACAUAAAAGAUUACAUUAGUAUACACGUAGAAUUUAAAUACCUAUAAAUGCAUAUAUAUUAAAAUUCUACGUGUAUAUUUAAGUAAUCUUUUAACAUAACUAUGUGAUUUGAUUAAUUAAAAUUUGAUUGACAUGCCUGACAACACAGGGAGAAAGUGCAGAGAAUUUAAUUCGCAAGCACUAUAUUUGACCCUGUAACUCUCCAAGACACCAUAAAACCUGUACAUAGGGGCACUGUUUUACUCAGGAGACUUUGCUGAACUCAAAUAUUAAUGUUUAAAACUGGUAAAUUGUAUUACAACGAUGAUAUUUUAAGUAAAAGUGAAGUUUUUUGCAUUUUUUACAAACGAACUGCACUUUUAUGGACUAUAUUAUUGUUGUAAUAUGUUUUACUGUUUUAAAACACUAAUAUUUGUGUUUAGUGAAGUCUCCCAAGAAUAACAGUACCCCAUGUACAGGUUUUAUGGUGUUUUGGAAAGUUAGAGAGUCACAUAUAAGGCUUGCAUUUCAUUUUUUUGACAUUGAAAUUUGCCAGAUUUGUUAUGUUGCCUUUUGAGAGCGUAUGGUAGCCCAGGAAUGAGAAUUACCCCCAAGUAGACAACCCAAGGUAUUGCAAGUGGGGUAUGUCCAGUCUUAGUAGCCAGGUAGUCACAAACACUGGCCAAAUAUUAGUUAUUUGCUUUUUCCACACAAAAACAAAUAUGAACGCUAACUUUGGCAAGUGUUUGUGACUAAGUGGCUACUAAAAAAGACUACAUACCCCACUUUCAAUACCUUGGGUUGUCUACUUUUUCAAAUGGUAUGCCAUCAUGGGGGUAAUUCUCAUUCCUGGGCUACCACACCAUCUCAAAUGUAACAUCACUAAUCUUGCAAAUUUCAAUGUGAAAAUGGAACGUUCUAUAUUUGACCCUGUAACUUUCCAAAACACCAUAAAACCUGUUAAUGGGGGGUACUGUUGUACUCAUGAGACAUCGCUGAUUACAAAUAUGUGCAUUUUUUUGCAGUAAAACCUAACAGUUUUAUGACAUUAACAGCUAAAAUGUCAGACGGAAAUACAAAUUAAAAAAAAAAAAUCUAAUUUUUUCAAUUUUUCUUUUAAAUUUUAUUCAUAAUAAAUUAUGUUCCAUAUAUGAAUAGUUAAUGAUAAAUUAAAGCCCCGUUUCUCCUGAACAAAAUGAUAUAUAAUAAGUGUGGGUGCCCUUAAUGUGACAGCGGUCAAUUACAGGUGAACAGACAUAUAGCGCAAAUUCCAGUUUUUGUUUACGUUUUGUUUUGAUCAGAACGUGCAUUAUUGACUCCGUCCUGAAGGGGUUAAAUCAGAGUGGGCAGGGCUGAUAUCCACAUUUCCUCCUUCCUCGGCCCCCUCCCUCUCUGUGACCCUAACACAUUGUGGGGAUAGCUCCCUACAGCCCCCUGUAAACUUCUCCCAGCUAGGAGCAGCACUGGCCCCCCCCACCAGCUCAACCAGCGGCCAUAUUGGCAGGAAUAGCCUGGGAGACAUGGGGCAACUUCCAGCUCUCCAUCCACAGCCACGGGUGAGUGACAGUGAGACUGUGUGUGUGAGCGUGAUGGUGCAUGUAUGUGCAAGGACCAAUAUUUUGAAUACAAAAUAAUAAACGCAGCACUGCGAAUAAUCUACCAGCACACCUCGCGAAAUUAAGUAAAUUAAACCGAGGAAAUCUAAAAUGGCUGUCUAUUUAUACUGGAUAUACACCUUCCACCUAAGCCAGCCCCCUAGCUUUGUUAGGGCGCUUAUCCGCUAAGCUGCGCUCGUUCCUUGGGGCUAAGUUAGUUCUGGUGAUACCCCAAUGUCGCUGCCAGACGUAUUGUUACACCUCCAGCAGCAGAUGGGGUUCAACUCCGUACGUGCAGCAAAAUGUAUCAAAGUGAAACACUGCAUGUACCGACUCCCGGCACCAUCACCACUUCAAAUUGCUGAAGUGGUCAUGGUGCUUGCAGUAACUCUUUAAUAGCAAUGCUGCUGAAGGCACAAUAAGAAUGAAAGUCAGAAAUGUAUUCACAUAUACCUAAUAUUAUAUAUGGAUAAUGUGGGGAGUUGCUCACAUUUUCUGAUUUUAUUUAUCCCACAAAUUGUAAAGAGCACAACAGUGAGUUGGUGUGGCACAAAAUGGCUGAAUGGACGCAAUCUAUAUUCUUUCUAGUAUUUAGUUAUGUAAUUUUAAUUGGUUUUCAUUCUUUUUUGUGUAUUACACCCCAUGGUAACUAAAUAAGAAUCCUUUAUUUUAAAUCUUUAAAAUGCAAAAGUCCUUUUUUUGUUUUCUCUGAAGAUCCUUAAAAUAUUAUUCCUUGGGUGUAUCACUGUUACGCACAAGGGAAUACAUUUCCUGCUUGUGAGAAUUAUAUGGAGCCGAUAUGGUUGCCAUGGAGACAGACCAGAGGUUCCCAUGUUAUGGCAACCAAUGAUGUGGAUGUGCAAAGUGGUUUUAUGGGAGCUUUUAAAAACACAGCUCCCUCCACUCACCCCUAAAGUGUAAACAGUGAGGCACAAGUUACUAUAAACGUCCAGAUGGCUUCACAAAUAAAGCUGUGAUUACUUUUUAUAACGUGCGGUAUUAUUCAUCAUUUCAGCUGGCAUUAUGGGGGAAAAAAGGGACGAUAAAGAAAUAUACUAAAAAAGGAAAGUGUGAAUUUUCAGGAAUGAAAAGUGAAUUUCAAAUUUCGCCCAUAACAACCAAACUGGAAUGUUUCUCCACAUUAACUUUGUUUUCAUUUUGGCCUCAAAUCUGGUAUUCACUCUGAAAUUACCUCUCAACAAUUUACACUUUUAGGGAAUAACUAAUAUAUUCUCUAAAUCCAUGUUGCUCAUUCAAGCAGUGAUUUGUUUUUGUGUUAAAGGUGUGUGGCCAGGGGCAGGGAUGUUUUGAGAAAUUUUAGGUAACUUACUAAUAAUUUUUCCAGCUAAAAUGUUAUUUUAGAGAAAAACUAAUGUAUCUUAUUUACACAGACUGAUUUGUAAACACAUUUAUUGUAGUUUAAAGACGCAUUACCCGGAGUAUUAUUGCUGUGGAGCUCUGCUACACACAAAUACCAUUUAGUUUCUAGACGAGAGGGACACAUGGAUUUGGACCCACGACAUGGGGGGCCCAAAAGUAUGUAUAACGUAUAUGUUACUUUGCAUUAUAAGUUCUAAAUUCUUUUAUCUGCCCUGCACUAUUCUUCCCAUAUGCCACACUGAUCUUUAAAUACACUUUGUUGUCAUCGAUUCAACGGUAUACCUACUAUUGGGCCACCCAACAUAUUAAUUCAUAACCCAAAUCACACCCACUACCUAAAAAAGGCAAUUGUAAACCUACUGCUAGUAUGAUGGCUUUGCAUGUACCCAGGGCCGGUGCAAGGAUUUUUGCCGCCCCAUUCGCUCCACCGACUCAUUCGUUCCACGCACUCAUACACUGACCCAUACACAUACACGCUGACUCACACACAUACACUGACCCAUGCAGAUGUAGAGAUCCAUACACACACACACACACACUGACCCAUGCAGACACAUGCCCCAUUUCCUGUUAUUCUCCCGCAUCCUUGUCCCCACGUGCAGGGCAAGGGGCGGGAGUGAGUGAAUGACACGCCCUUGUGCUGCUGCGGUGCUUGACUAGAAGAGGGGUCUGACUUAGAAGGCUGUGGUGAAUGCCGGACCGAUAUUCUACCAGCCGCUAGUCUACAAGUGCUCAGUAGCGCCUAGUAACGCAGCCGGCUAUAUAUAAUCAAUCCCACUUGAUAGGGGGGCGGCCAGACAAGCCGUAAAGCCACUGCUGGUGCCCCCCCUCUCUAAGAAGGCGCCUUAGGCGGCCGCCUACUAAGCCUAUAGGACGUGCCGGUAAAAAUAUGUACAAAGGAUCAGUGCUAAUAUACCUUACAGAGAUAAAUAAAAGGCAGCACACCUAAAAAAAAAAUAGGGCUCACUCACAGGCCCUAUAGAAUAGGCAAAGCAAAAAAAAUAAAAAUAUCGGAGGGGGAGGAGGUGCCACAGGUGGGAAAAGAAACCUGAUUAAAAACUAUAUUUACUUUUUGGACUCUAGAUUAUUAUUCAUCUUACCUUUUGGACUCCUGAUUAUUAUUCAUUAUCUAUAUUUCGAACUGGUUUUGUUUUUCUAUCUUGUAUGUAUUCUCUUAUGUAGUGUCUUGUAUAUAUGCUUGUAUAGUUUAUAAUUAGGUUGUUUUUUUUUUUUACCUCUGGCGACGCCCUCCUCCCACCUCCUCUUUUUUUUUUAAUUUUGUUUUUUUUUAUAUUUAUUUAUUUAUUUUUAGUACUCGUCGACCCUGCAUGUACCCAGGUGUAUAGUAGAGUGUGGUGAAUACAUUAUAUAUUUUUGAGAAACGUUGCUUAUAUCUCGGUGUGAGAACACAAAGCCUUUAUCUCUAUGGCAGUGUCCCCACUAGUUUUCUUAAGGUUGAAAGAUCUACCGUUAACCACUUCUCUAAUUGAAAAAAUAAAUAAUAAUAUAGUUUUAUGCUUCAUUGUACCAGGAAUCUGUUAAGUAGCUAAAUGUGCAUUAAAAAACUAUAAAUAGGGAAAAAGCCAUACAAUUCCUGAUUGGUCAGGAUAGGCAGAGCACGAGGAUUGUGAUCAUGUGAUUUCCUAAGGUAAGCAAGUCUGCUUGGAUACAGUAACUGAUACAAUCGCUUUGAAGCCCUCUUAUGUCUUUAGCUGCUGAUGAAAUACAAAUUAUUACAAGUAGUUUCUGGAAUAUGAUUAUAAAUCUCUAUUGCCCAAAGCAAAUGGAAGGCAAUCCAAUUAUCUUUCAUCUUUACAGCUUAUUCUUAGAGCAAAAGUUAUUGGCAGUUAUAAACAACAUAAAAAUCACAUGCUUACAAACUAUUAAAGGGAGGGUGCAGUAUAAGUUCAUCAAUGUAUUGCUCUAACCAAAACGCUUUGAAAUGUUUAGACAAGCUAUUUUCUGGUAAUACGGUAUAUCCCGUACAAUAUGUUAUCGGUAGGGGACCUCUCCUACUAUUAAAGCAUAAAAAAACUACAAAAAUGAAAUCUAAUCACAUACAAAAUGUAAACCUUUUUUUACUACUCUUACUACAUCUUUUUUAGGGGUUAAAUAUGUAUUUGUUUUUUCUUUAACUCUGGUUUUAUUGUAAUUUUUAAUGUGGGGGGAUUUUAUGUCUGCAUGAGUUGGUUAAAAUGGCAAGUUUGAUUCAAUGACCACUGAAGUUACCCACACCACUUCACUUCUAUAAAGUGUGUGUAGUGCUCCUGUAUGUUUAACCCUUUAAGGUAAGAGAACACUGGUGUCAGUUCUCGGGCCAGUACUUUGAGUGGUAAUAUUCUCUCCCACAGAACCCACUUCACAUUAGAACCUAUAUUGUGCUUGGAAUUGGAUGGUAAUGUGUUGAGUUCUCUCUUUCAGUUUGAGUCAUUUUAGAGUUGGUAAACUAAGCCUGUGAGAUUCUGAGAAGUGGCAAUAGUUAAUCAUGUGGGCUGUCAUUUAGGAUGGCACGGGUUAGCUUUAAAAAGGAAACCAAUUUCAUCAACCGUGGUUUGGCAACUUAAUAUCUGCUUCAAAUCUAAAGUCUGUUUCUGAGAAGAGGGAAUUACUUCCUGUCUGCUUUUUUCGUGCUACAAAUAAAACAGACCAAUUGUGGACACUCACUGGUUAUCUCCCACUUGAUGAUAAAGUAUUUUGCCUUAAAUUUGAAAUUCACUUUGAAUUCUCCAUUUUAGUAAAUAACACUGCGGAUGUUGCUUAUAUCCGGUUGAAUGUUUCACUCUUGAGCCCUCUUUCUAAUUUAUUAUCUGUAAUUUUUGGAAAUGUCUAAAUAAAAAUUCUAAAUAAAAGGAUUUCAUAAAUGAAAUGGACGUUGGGUGCUCUUCCCAUUGAUCUCCCAAUGGAAUGUAGUGUCCUCAUGGUAUAGAGUAAUUCAUGACUCCUUAUGAAGAUUAGAUCUAUUUCUACUGACUAAAGUGUUGUUAGAGCAGGGAUCUCAAACUUUGACCCCACAUUUGUUGAUUGCCCACAACUGCCAGACUUGUUUUGGCUGGAAUAGGUGGCCAGAGAAUCAUUGGGGUUGUAGUUCAGAAUCAUCUAGGGGCCCACAGUUAAAGAUGGCUGUUGAAGAGGGAUCGAGGUUCCCUGUAUUGUUGUAGGAUUUCAUCAUAAAAAUAUACAAGGAACGCUCCAUUGAAAAUGCAUUUUCUAACUAUUUAGUAGAUAUACCACAAAAACAUGUAAAAAAAAAACAAAAAAAAAAAACGUUGGUGAUUAUAUAAUAUCUUGGCUUGCAAUACUAGAUCUUCAGCUACUAUGGACCUUCUCCUUCUUCCCCAGCAUAAACUUUCAGCUUGUGCCAGGGAGUACUCCGAACAGAGCUUCUUAUCGAGAGGCCUCUGUGCUGGAGCUGUGCGCAUGCUCAAGCAAUUGUGGCUUUCCUAUGCUUCUCAAUGAGCUGUAAUUAAGCUCACACAAAAAAGGUGAAAGGCAGGGGUACACUAGCCCUGUGCACCUGUCUCUCCUGUUGGCUCUGUGAAGCUAAUGGAAGCAGAAGAAAACCUCCCUGACCGUACUAAUGAGAAUCAAAGGUAUGUGUGUGUGUUCCCUUUUAUUUUACUGUGGCAGUGACCUCUCCUCAUUCCUUCUUCCAAAAAAAUGCUUUAAAGAAAACACACCCCUCCUGAGAACUUGUUCAGGGUAAAUAAUCUUAACUCGAGUGGGUAUCUUCAGUGAAGUGGCAAGUAAACACAUGCAGAAUUGGAAUCUCGUCGAUAUUGCCAACAUACAUAGAUUGUGACAUUAGUAAAGCAUAGCCAGCGAUUGUGCAGGAUAUGAGAGAACAAAUAGAAGCUUGCAGCCCUAAACCGCGGCAUUCUGUAAUUACACUAGGAAUUCUGCAUGUAAGAUUAUCGCUCGAUACAUGAUGUAGCAUGUUAGACACGCUGAACCACCCUAUAGUAAUCUAUACAUUGGCUGAGUAGUGUAUAUAGCAGAGAUAUUUAUCCAGAUUUCCAUACUUGGUUGUGGACUAGAACAGGAGUAGGCAACCUUUUAGUAGUACUGUGCCAAAACAAGAUCUUGGCGUGCCGGUCCUAUUUUGUUUAUAUUGAGGUGUGUAUGUACAGUUUACUGCUUGUGGUUUUUUUGGGUGCUGCAGUUGCUUUGUAGAGCCGUACAGUUUAAAACAUACUUUUUAUCCAACUUUCAUAACUCUAAAACUAUACAUCCAACAUUAAUAAAAGUCACAUAUAUGUUUAAUCAGCACAUUUCAAAUACAAACAUACCCAAAAAUCAUUCAAAUCUGUUCAGCCGUUUGGGAGAUAGAUAUGUCACCUUUGACCGACCACAAGCACAUUUUCAUGCCCAAAAGAGUUACAUAGAGUUGGGCUGUGCAGUCUGUCAAUUUCACACAGAAAAAUGUCUAAGUCUCAGUCGAAUGCACGAAUGAGGCCGUCCGUGCAAAUAGCCCAGUCUAACAGUGUGUUUGAAUUGUCGAACGCACUUCGAUUCCAGCCGAAGCGUCGAAGUUCCUGAGAAUGUAAGGGUCAGCGGUGUUCGUGCAAAUGUGUAGCCGAUUUUAGUUCCAUAGAUUCAGUGACACGCACCGCUGACCACGUUCGACUAAAUUAAAAUGGCCACGUGUUCGGUUUUCGAAUGGUGGCCACUUCAACUACUUCGGCACUUCGACUGCAUCCGAAGUGCCAAUUUAAAAGUACAAAUCCUUUCUCUAGGAGUUAAAGGGCCAGCAGCAGCACAACAAAAACCCAUUAUGCCCAAAUCUUGUAUUUAAAGGGCCCAACCUCCCAGAGACCAUAAUCACAUGGCAAGAGUCUGGCAAGCAGUCCUCUCCAGGCACAAGUGGUGAUGUUAAUUUCGCCACAGAUGAUAUGUCACAUUGAGUGUAUAGUGGUCUGUGUAUAAGUGGUGCUGCUUGUGGCAUUGCAUGUGAGAAGCUGUUUGUGGGGUUGUGCUUAUGGGGACUGUGUGUGUUUGUGUAUGAGCUGUUUGUAAGGGCUUAUUCUGCAUCUCUGUGUAUAUCUAGCAGUGUAGGUGCUUCCAGGUCUGCAGGCUGGCUAGAUACAGGUCAAGGGCAGGAGAUGCAAUAGCCAACGCGGGCUGCUCUACAACAUUGUGGAUUCCUGUUCACAGGUGCUGGGAGGAAGUGAAGUGAUCUGAGUUUACUUCCUCUAAUUGCUGCGAUACCGAAAUUGAGGAUUAUCAUUCACCACUUUUAAUCACUGCUCACUUUGCACUAGCAAACUUACAGUGCCCCCCUCCUGCGGCCCUGAAGUGUGUAAAACCCCUUCAGUGACUUAUCUCAAUCCAGCGCCUCCGCAUUGGGUCAGGAUCUGCCCACUCUCCUCCCUUGCCAAUGCCAACUGGCGAGGGAGACCUAAUGUGCACGCGUGGCAAUAGCUGCGCUCGCAUUAGGAUUUCCCUAUAGGAAAGCAUUAUUCAAUGCUUUCCUAUGGGGAAAAAUCGGUCGCCUGAGGUCCUCAUGCAGAGCGUGAGGACGUCCAUCAUCAGAUAACGGACCAAAAGUCAGUUUCAAACCAGGAAUCCCUCUAGUGGCCAUCAGGUAGACAGCCACUAGAGGUGGAGUUAACCCAGGACAUAAUAACUGCAAAAUUUACUAUUGUAGGCUUGAGGGACUGAAGUGGUCUGGGUGCCUCCAGGUUCCUUUUAAACCCAUAACACCUGAUGAGCAGUUAUUGCAGUGAAUAGUCCAUGAUUUACUAGUCUUUUUAUUGGGUCAGAUGUUAACAGACUAAUCUGGCUCGAAGUAAGUAUGAAUGAUUAAAAAUUAAACAUGAACAACAGAAGGCUUCUGUAAAAUGGUUUUAGAAUUAAAACGUAUUAAUAUUGACCUAAUAUACUCAUUUUCCACUGAAUAAGCAAAUGGCAAUAAAGAAAGCUUAGUGUCACUGUAUAAUUGAGAAAUGAAACUGAUGCACUUUGUUUCUUACUUCCUUUUUCCAACCAACGCAACUGAAAAUAAAGGGUGUUUUGGGAUUAAGUGCAUUGGUUUGCGUUCAAAAAUCAUUUGAAGCAAAAACCGAGAAUAUGAGAACACUGAGGACUGGCAAAAACUUGGUAGCUUGCCCUCCGGUUAGUCCCUGCUCAGGUCCAGAAUACACUCUGUUAAAUUAGAGAAAACCUCUACCAUUAGCAUAUUAGAAUGAUCCUGCUCAUGAGGACAGCCCAAAUCCAAAAUGCUGGCACAUUCCCUACACACGAGAGAUACAGGAACCCCAUGGUCGUUUCAGCCAUAUUUGGACCUUGUCAUUUGGUUUACGUAGAGACAUUUAAAAUAAAUAUAUGCUUUCAUUCGUUUAGAAUGAAAUGCCCGCCUUGUGUGUGUGUGUGUGUGUGUGUGUCUCUAUUUAUGCAAUAAUGUGUUUUUAGUUCUUAUUUCUUUCAAGAUACAGGUAAGCAAAUUUUGUCCUUUCAGUUUUCAUGUAUGUAUUUAUUUGAAACCAAGGUCCUGUAUGUGGACAAGGUUGGCUGACAAGAUGUGUGUGUAUACAAGACUUUACAAAUGUCCAUUAUGAAAAGGCAUGACCCUCGUCCACUAUAAAAUGAGGGUCAGAUAUGAAAAUAUAAAUUCUUUCCUUAAAUGUGUUUCCUAUUCAAACAGAAUGGAACUGCGAAUGGCUACAGCCUUUAUAAGAAGCCGUUUGUUGAAACCUUUGAAGAAGCCCCAAUGUACGUGGCAGUAAUGACCUAUAUUGGCUAUGGAUUGGUCACUUUGUUUGGUUACUUGAGAGACUUUAUGAGAGCAUGGGGUCUAGAGAAAUGCCACAUGGCCGAGGAGAGGCAAGAACAGAAAGUAAGAUGGAUAUUUAAUUAUUAUUUUUGGUGGGGGGGAGGGGGUUGGUUGGGGGGGUUUGUGUGUUGAUUUCAUUUUAUUGCUCAUUUAAAGUUUUUCAAAUCAGAGAGUGGAAGUGUAUUUCAAAACAAUAAAUUAGUAAAUAUUUGGACAUUUGCAGCCUGUUUGCCAUUUUUAUUUGACAUUACCCAUUUAAAUGUGCAAUAUUUAAUAUGUAUAGUAAAUACCUUCUUUCCCGUAAAAUAAGACCCCAGAAAAACUCACUAGGUCUUAUUUUCGGAGGAAAUCUUAUUUCGGUAAAAAAAAAAAAUGUGCCAGAAAGCAGGUCUAUGUUCGGGGGAAAAUAUCAUAAGAUUUUUGAAGAUAAUUUUUUAUUCUUAAUUAAGAAAAGACCUUGCAGUCUCAUAAACCUAUGUAAUUGGUCAAAUUAUUUCAUCUGUAGAUAUUGGGUUAGGUUUUUAAUCAGAUAUAUACCAACUGUUGUCCAUUUAUAGAUAGUGAUAUCUAUUAUGUUGGCGAACAGAAUGCAUUCUAAGCCUAUAUGUACCCUAUGUCAACCUUCUAACACACCCUGGAGAUUUAGUGUGUGUCAGGGGGAGAUGGGAUUGCUUGGUGUGAGAGGGGGAGAUGGGGCAGCUGGGCCAGAUGGGAGGGGGCAUGGGGAUGCGGGUGCUUCUGAGUUAAGGGUAGAAAGGGGCUUCUGGGUGAAGGGGAGACUGGGGCUGCUGGAUGUGAGGGGGCAGGGGCUACUGCAUUGUGCUGACUUCUUUUUAUUUAUUUUCCAUACAGGAUUUCGUCCCCCUAUAUCAAGACUUUGAAAAUUUUUACACUCGAAAUCUUUAUAUGCGAGUACGAGACAACUGGAAUCGCCCCAUUUGCAGUGUUCCGGGACCGCAGUUUGACCUUAUGGAACGAUUGACUGAUGAUUACAACUGGACAUAUAGGUAACUCCGUCAACUAGUCAGUGACUAUACGUGUGUGUGUGUUUUUAUGGAGAGAAAUUAGAUAUAUUUCUGAUAUCUUUAUUUAUAUACCUUAUUGCAAUUCCAUUUUCAGAUUUGCUUCUCUUGACAGUAUUUCCUUUUUUUUUUUUUUUAUCUUCUGCAAGUCAUAGUAUCAUAUUGCACGCUUAAAUUUGCUAUUCAAGUAUAUGUUUAUUUUUGUCUGUAUUGCCAGAGGCAUUCAAUUUACACUAUUUCGAUAUACAUUCAUAUUCAUAUUGGAUAAAGGUGUAUUCUUUGGAUGAACAAGACUUUAUUUUGGAGCACUUUAAUGAAUUCACCUAUAUUUUAUAUAUGCAUAUCAAUUUUGUUCUGACAUUUACAUAUCACAUUUUUACCAGUCUAUUUUUAGUUAAUUUGAUCCCCCAAAUAUAUUCUUUAUGCACAGUUUUCUCAUUUAUUCUACCUCCUCCAGUAAGUGAGAGUAGUUUAACAUAAACCAUAUGUGAGAAAACCUUUAGGUUAUGUGAAGUCUUGUAAAAAGAUGGAUUUCCAGAGUGGCUCUUACGGCACAUUAAUAAAUAGAUGGAAACUCACCGGGGCUGAUAUCUCAUUACUGGGUGAAUUGGCUGGUAUGUUACAACCUGUUUUUUGGGGGGGGGGGAGAGGAGGGUUUCCGUUGCCAUGGGAAUGUGAGACACUGGUAACUUAUCUACCAUUUUCCUGGAUAGAAUUCUCCUCUAACUUGUAAUUAACUAAUUCACUUUGUCCAUCAAUAAUUACUUGAGACACUGCAAUGUAGUUGUAAUCUCAAAAUGGAUGCAAUUCAGUUAGAUGUGACCGAGCACCUUUAAUGAAUUUAACCUGAAGAAGGCCUUUUGACAAAUCUGAACAUGAUCUGCCCUCAGUAGAACCUUGGACAUAAGUAUGUAAUUUUACUUAUUUGCUUAUUUCAUUUUAUACUUGUAGGCACACAGGGAAAGUCAUUAAAGACGUCAUAAACAUGGGAUCUUAUAACUACCUGGGAUUUGCAGAGAACGACGAGGAUUUCCUGGUCCCAGUAAUGGAUAUGGUGCGAAGUCAUGGUGUCGGGGUUUGUAGCAGCAGGCAGGAGAUGGGUAAGCACUAUAAUCACUGUGAUUUCACUUCAUCUUGUGAAGAUGUGCAUCCUGCGAUUCUUCUGUUGAUUCACGUCACACAUUUAUAGGUUGGCCUUUACAUUUUAUUUUGUAUGAAGUGUCAACAAUCUAUCACUCAUUUGAAAGUACGCAUGUUCUAUUACUUUUGCCAAUGGUGAGCUGACAACUAACUUCAUGGAAAAUCUCUAGGUAAGAAUUGUACAAAUUUAGUGUUUAUUUAAAAGGUGUGCUCGUCCAUUUUACAUUCUGUUACUGUUCAUUUAAUUUCAGUUAUAGCAAAAUAUUUUUUCAAAAUUUUUUGCAGGAAAAAAUAAGUGUUAUUUAACUUAUCAAAAUCUGCUACUCUACCAAAAAUUGUUAAGCAUUAACUGUGUGUUUUUUUUUGUCAGUUUAUUUUUACAAACCUUGAUAAUAUUAUUUAGACUUUAUAUUCUGUAUUGAUUAGUUGGCGUUCUAUUGUGUUAACAAAUAUUCAGUUCUUUUCAUUAUUUUUUUUUUUAAUGGGGUGAAGAGGCAGUAAUCUCUUUAGUUUUUACUGUUGGAGUCAAUCCUGCGAUUAAAACCCUCAUUAGUAAUCUACCUGGUAACAUUCUAAGAUGUGAAUGUUAUCUGCUUAUUAAAUGGAACCUUAUCAAUUAAGCUAGCUUUGUUAUAGGAACACUAUAGUAUCAGGAGUACAAACAUGUAUUCCUGACACUAUAGUGCUGAAAUACAGCAUUAGGUACCUGGCUCCCAUCUCUCCGCAGAUUAAAGGUCUUUUCUCCCAAGCCACAGCGGUCUUGCCGUUGCUGGCCUUCCAAUGCUUUCUAUAGGAAAGCAUUGGAAGGCUAUUGCGCAUGCACAGCAAAACUGCGCUGCGCCAAUCAGCAUCUCCUCAUAGAGGUGCAUUAUAUCAUAGCAUCUCUAUGGGGAAUGUUCAGUGCCUCCAUGCAGAGCCUGAAAAAACUGAACGUAGGUGCUGCACCCUGUGUCUGAGUGACUGCCACUAGAGGUAUUACUAGGCACCAAUAUAAACACUGCAUUUUCUCUAAAAAGGCAUUUUUUGCAUUGCUGAGGCUGCAUGAACAAGCUAUAGUCGCCAGAACCAUUACAUUAAGCCGUAGUGUCGCUUUUAAGUGGUUUUACACAUUAAUGAAGUCAAUCUUUGUUUUUCAGGCAAUUUGGAUAAGCAUGAAGAGUUAGAGAGACUGGUCGCUGAAUUCCUUCAUGUAGAAUCAGCUAUGGUGUUCAGUAUGGGCUUCGCAACCAAUUCGACAAAUAUCCCCGCAUUAGUUGGCAAGGUACACAAUCUUUUUUUUGCAUGUCUUAUAGAUACGGUUAAUGGUUUUUGCCUGAGCACUAAUAUCAAGACUUCACUUUUUGUUUGUGUUUCUUUUUAAAUGCAGUAUUUUAUGAAUAGUUGAUGCUAAUUGUAGUGUUGCGCCAUUACCUUAAUUAGGUUUUUCUAAGGAUAAUUAGUAAUCUGAUAUCCAACAUAUAUUAUUUACUAAUAUCAUUAAUCUUGGGAAUGGUGAAAAUAAUAUUGGUUAGUUUUUUCCUGGUAAAAUGUUGCAUAAAUGCAUUUUUUAUUAUAAGUUUAUUUUUCCCCUACAGAGAAUUUCAGAUAUUCAUAUACAGUAAAAUAAAACAAACUACAGGUUCAAAGACACAACAUUGAGAAAUCAGCAUAAUUAAAAAGCAGCACCAGUACGAACAUUAGACAGUAAAUUGUAUCACUUAGAUUGUAAGCUUGUUUGAGCAGGGACAUCUUCAACACUUUUCCCUGUCGAUAUUAUUUUGUCUGGCAAUUACUUUCCAUAAUGUAACCCCCCACGUAAAACUGUGAAGCGCCUCAGACUAUGUCGGUGCUAUAAAAGCACUAGUAAUAAUAUUUGCAUCUAUUCCACGUCCUUUUUUUUUUCUUCCCCCAAACGAACUAAAGAAUCCUGAUCAUUGCACAGUAGGUUUUCACGCCAUGGCAUGUUUUUGAAACGGGAUCGUCUACGUGAUGAUGGUUAAAUGAUUUAUAGAACUUGCACAGAAAGCGGCCCAGUGACUUGCUGUCUUGUGAUUAGCUAAUUGUACAGAUGGAACAUGACACCAGGAUAAAACACACAUCCUUUGACCUGUAAAUCAGGUAGUUCUGACGCCCUUUGCUUUACCUCUUUCAUCAGCCUCGUCUUCCUGUUUGCAGGCCUUUUUUUUCUGUUCUCUUUGUUACGUUUCAGAAAUUCCUCUGUGUUUAUCAGCCAUUGUCUUAGCAGCCGAUGUGUCAUAGGAACUGUCAUAGGUAUUUCCCUGGGCGACAAAUGGUUGUCACCACACCAUACACACUUCUCCUGCCUUUGGAGAUGUUUAUUAGUUAUAAACGUAUUCAUUGUGUCGGCUAUCGUUGCCCUGCUUAGCCAGAAUGAUUGAAAAUUAUCACAUGAUAUAAAAAGGGGGAGUGGAGGGGGGCUGAAGGGGGGGAGCACAAGCCUAUGAAAUAACUUUACAAACUGAAACUUUCUUUAACCCUUUAACUAUACGGUGCACCGCCUUCACACCAAAGACACAUUUUUGUGUUAAGAAUAAUAAUUAAAUCUUCAUUGAUGGACUUUUCUCCCUCAUCCAAUGAUCUGAAGGUUAGGAUGAAGUAUUUUGUUCCCUUACAUACCCACCUAAUCUCAUUGGCCAGCACAAUAGUACUGUUAUUUUGGUGCCUCCAUUCCAGCUGUUGUCAUUGAUGGGAUGGUAUAGUGCAAGGAAUACAAAGUUGUAUUCCUAGAACUAUUGCCCCCUCUGUAUCACCCCUUGCGGCCCCCGUUACUGUACUUACCUGACUAGUGCUGAUGUCCUCCUCCUCCGACGUACCCUGAUGAAGGGAGCUAAUGUGCAUGCUAAUGUUUCUCAGAAUCUGCAAUAAUUAACGUUGCGGGGUUAAAGGGACAGGGCCACUGCACCCAGACUACUUCAAUUAGAUGAAGUGAUAUGGGUGCUUAUAAUGUCCCUUAAAAUAAUUUUUCUGGAAAGAACACUUUUUAUAGUGUUCAAUCUUAUGAUUUUCUGCGGUUGUCUUGUAUGCCCCCGAUGACUUAGCCGUCCCUGUUCCCUGAAUUUUUGAAUUUUUUUUUACUUAGUCUUGUGAUUCUCUGUGUCCUUAACCUGUGCUAUAUGUUAUUACAGGGAUAGGCAACCUUUGGCACUCCAGAUGUUGUGGUCUACAUCCCCCAUAAUGCUCUUACACCCAUAAUGCUGGCAAAGCAUCAUGGGAGGUGUAGUCCAAAACAUCUGGAGUGCCAAAAGUUGCCUGUGCUAGUAUCUUCCUUUUGUCUCUGUGAAUUCCAUCCUAUAAGAAUGAUCAACCAAUCGUGAAUAAGGUGACAGGGAUGGAAUGUUGCUGCAAAUGCUAAAAUGUGCGUAACAAUUUAUUAGUUUUCUAGAUUUUGUCUGGUUUAAGCAUUUUCAAGUGUGGUAAAUACUGAUUUCACCCCACAGGUGUUUUUUUUUUUUUUUAAUUCUAUAUAUUUUUUUUUUUAUUCUAACUGUUCCACAGUGUUUGGAUUUAGUUACUGUAGGGAACCAUAGUUAUGCAGCUAUUUUAGGAAGGGAUUAUUGUUUGGGCAGGCAUAUUUCCUGCAGAUAAUUCUGCUGAGCAUCAAGCUGCCUGGUUUCCACUAAUUGUAUUUCACCGAGAGCAACAAUAAGCUUGGAAUGGUGAACAUUACUUUCCGUGUUUUCACGAUGCUGCCAGACACACCAGCAUGUGCUAGAAAUGAUAAAAUAUAUUUUUUUGCUUUGUCUACAUUGGGUGUUUCUCGCUAACAGUGUACCAUGAAAAAAAAACCAACUAUUAUGUUUGGUUAUGCUGAAAACAUUCUAACAUUUCAGUCAAGACAAACGGAAUCCUGUAAUGGUGUAAAUUGUUUAAUGUAAUUAUUAAUCUAUACAAAUGUUAGUACUUUUUAGCUUGUGUCCUCAUAACUGCCAGGAAUAACGAGUCCUGCAGCCAAUAAAGUAAUUUUAUUUUUCCCUUGAGCUUUUAGUGUACAUAUUCUUCUUCAGCUGUUAAAAUCUAAAUGUACCUAUUCAGAAACGGUUGAUUGAUACAGUGCAUGUGUUUGAAUGGUGUCUUUGGACAAAUUGUCCCUAUGUUUUCUCACCCUCCUCCCCAUGUAAGGUCAUCUUGAAACUUUGAUGCUACGAUUUAAAAAUGAAUAGCAGAUAGUAGUAGACUUGUGCAUGGUAACAAUUGGUUUGUGUGAAAAGAUUCUAAUGUGUAAAAAUAAAUAAAUAAAAAAAAGCUUUUCACAUCGUCCAUGUGAUCGUUUUCCUGGGUAAUACUAUUUAGAUGAGCUAUGUGCUGUGAAAUAUAUACAUUAUUAAGGAAAAAGGGCGGGAAAAAAGAAGGCAGAUCAGUAAAAAAAUCUCCUAUGCAUUAAAUAUUUAUUACAUAUAUAUAUAUAUAUAUAUAUAUAUAUAAUUAUAAUUUUUUUUUUUUUUCCUUUCAUUCGAGUCUUUCGAGUUUUUUUUCAUAAAUCAUUAGACUCGUGCAUUCGGUUUCAGCUGAAUUGCAAUUUGUCCGCAUUUAAGUGAAUCUGUGGUUCGGCUAAAAGUCGUAUCUCUGAAACACCAUGCGGAUGUAUAUCCUAGCACACCGCUAACGCAAUAGCCAAUCGUGUUCUUUUGUUUCCGGAUUCAGAGUUCUGCGUGCGGUGCCAAAAACAAAAGCUGAUGGGUAAAAACAUGGUUGAUUGGCUAGGGGGCAGCCACUGCAUUGUUGCUUUCAUUCAUAAGUCAAGUGACUAGUGACCAAUAAAGGGCGAACAAAGGAGGAGCAGUUGGAAAAUAUAUUUUUAGUCACAUCUAUAAUAUAUAAACCUAGAUUAAAUUGUUUUUACGGCACCUCUUUCUUCCCUCUUUUAGUUACAUUUCUUACUUAAACCAACUGGCGGGGUAAUGUUUAUAUUAUGUAUAUCUUUUGCAGCACAUUGGAUGCAUUUUGCGUCCUUUUGGCUCACACAAAUAGAUUUUCAGAAUAUAUUUCAAGGAUGAUAUUCGACUGAGCUGAAAUAAUCAAAUGAAUAAGUGUCUGAGGUCCUGAACUAAAUUUAAAAAUUUGUUGGAAUCGUGCAAAAGUCUAUCCAUUAUAAAUUGGUUUUAUUUUUUUGGGGCACUACAGUUGUAACUCUGUAACUCUCAAUCGUUUAUUUGGUGACAUAUCUUUGUGACCUUAUCUAAAUUCGCCUUUCAGGGCUGCCUCAUUCUAAGUGAUGAAUUGAACCACACCUCUCUAAUCCUGGGUGCUAGACUGUCUGGAGCGACCAUCCGCAUCUUCAAGCACAAUAGUAAGUGUUAGCUGUAUUUAAACAGAACGUCUACUUGCUUUGUAUGUUGGUAGGCAUGCUGGGUAGUUGUCAGAAAUCCUUAAAAGCUUUGGGCAAAUAUAUCUUAAUACUAUUCUUUUAUAUUACGUUUUAGAUUUUUUUAGAACUGUGCUGUACCUUGCUUAUAAUUUACAUAGCAACCCAAUGCAUCUGAGUAUUUGUGUGUGUUCAAUGAAUAAUACAAUGCACAUUUUGUGAUGUAUUUAUAAUGCAUUGAAAGCCUGUUAUUCAUAUUCACAGUACAUGCAUUUUGUGGUGCCAAACACUGCUUCGGCUCCGUGACUGGUAAAAUUAUGCUUAAAAUAUUCUAGUUCUGCAAAAUAAUAUGCCUUGGAUUCACUUUUCCCCUUGAAAAGCAAUUACUCCCUUAUUGAAUAGUUCAGGAUUGCUUGACACAUUAACUGAGUUCCUUGUUGUUAAAGUAGUACGUUUAUAACAUGGAUUGUUCUUAGCAAGUACCUUGCCUUUGUAGUCCUCUUAAAUAAAUCUCUUCCGUCAUCUCUUUCAAAGCUGCUCUCAGAACAUCGUGUCACUUUCUAUAAACGGAUAUCUGUAGGCUGUUUGUCUCUUAAUAAAACCUGGUAAAAAUUAACUGGGAUUGAUCCACCUUAAUGGGACAUUCAGGUGCAAUGCAAGUUGAGCUCCUGCAGGGGAUUGUUGUGAACUAAUGGCCAAACUGCACAAUUAAAACCCAAGCAGGAUUUGUUCUGCCUUUGUCUUGAUAGAAUUAGCAUAAUAUUAUUACCAUUUUACCACAUAUCAUAGUUUAUUCGUGCAUAAAAGAUAAUAAAAUUACUGAGGAAGUGUUUUUAUUUAUUUAUUUUUUAUUUUGCAUUAUUAUUCACAUUUUAUAGAGUGACAAAAAGGAGGCACACUGUAUGGUUCUUUCCAACAGCAAGGCUGUAGGUUGGUGACUUGUUAUUCAUUUUUUGUUUUGUUUUGGGGUUUCUAUAUUGUAACCUUUAAGGUAAAGAUAAAAAACAGGUUGUGCAAAAUGUUGGUGUAGAGAUGUUAAAAAAUACUAAUAAUAGUAAUCAAGUAGUAAAAUAGUAUUUACAAAAUAGUCCCAAAUUUGAUUGAUCAACAUAUUUUUCCUUUUUCCAUAUUAUAACCUUACUUAAAGCAUGUGGAACCUACAUUUAUUUAAGGAACACUCCAAACACCAUAACCACCACAGACCACUGUAGUGGUUGUGGCCCUAGGAUUGUCGUGGUGCCCUCCCAGGGUAAGUAAUGACAACUUACCUGGGUUACACCAGUUACCCACCAAUGCUUCCUCUGUAGCGACCCCAGUUAAGUUGCACCAGGGCAGGUCUGUAACUAUAGCCAUUACAAUGGACUGUAGUGGUCAUGGUGCUUGUAGUGUUGCUUUAAGGUUCUAAAACUUUCAAAGUUUACCAUCUCUUAAAACAGGGUUCCCCCAACCUGUGGCCCUCCAGAGGUUGCUAAACUACAACUCCCUUGAUUAUUUGUAUGAAAUAGAUAGCCAGAGAAUCUUGGGAGUUGUAGUUCAACAACAUCUGGAUUUCCUGAGUUUGGAGAACCCGGUUUUACAAUAUUGGAACAAUAUAAGAUCUGUGCAAUCUGCAAGCACUAUCUUUUCUGUCGUUUUACUAUGACUUUUGUCUAUCUUUACAUCUGUGAUUGUUUUACUGAACUGGGAGAUCUGUUUGAGAAGAAAGUGAACUGAAAAUAACAAAGAUCGGUGUAUAUGGAUUAAUGUCCUGGCACAAAAUCCGAAUCCAUGCCAGGAAUUUUGAUUGAAUCAGAAUUCAGUUGAAACUGUACAAUGUCGUUAUCAGAGAUACAUAUUUUCAUAGGAUUAUCUGCUUCCUGAGAAUCAGAAAGUUGAACUUGAUGGACUCAAGUCUCUUUUCAUCUUACGUAACUAUAUUUGUAGAAUAGUGUAAUUACUGUAUACAAACCAAGGUAUAAGAUGCCUGGUGGAUGAACUAGUCUUUAGGGGCACUAGCGUGCUGAAAACUCCUCCAGGCAACCCUAAAUUAAAGGACACUGUAUGCCUGUGUCAGAGACAGAGAGUGUUCCCCACAACUAUCCCAGAAUUCCCAGCUUUCCAUGCAAAUUAGAUUAUCUUACUCACUCUUCUCUCUCUCUCUCUCUCUCUCUCUCUCUCUCUCUCUCUCUCUCUCUCUCUCUCUCUCAUAUAUAUAUAUAUCAUGUGAUACAUUCUGAUACAUAUACUUAAAGGGUUAAUUCAAGCAUUAUGGCUACUUGACUGAUGUGAAGUGGUCGUGGUGUUUGGAAUUUGUGCAUCGUUUGAAAUGCUGCACAUACAAAGUUAAAGCAGUGUGCUUCCAGAGGUAUAACUCCACCUCUAAUGGCUUCGAGUUGGCUUAUGUGAUUCAGUUCAUAUUUGGUUAGAGUAACCCUGUAUUUGACAGACUGCUUAAAGCUGUUUGAAUUAAUUCCCCGUCAUUUAAAAUAAAAAAUUCAGUGAUAAAAGAAUCGAUCUCUUAACGUGGGGGUCUGCUUUGAAAUCUAGCGUCCCAUCACUCAUUGGGAAUGCUAAUGGCUCCAUUUCUUCCACAUCUCUCAUCCUGAUAUCACAUGGCUUUGGCAUUGUUUGUGGGUUUGCCAUCUAAUGUCUUUCCCUGCUAUUAUAACAUGACUGUCUAGUGUCUAUAAUACGCAGAUACUGAGAACUUUGUAUUACAAGACUCUGGGUGUUUGAGUCUUAUUGGCCUCUUGAAUAUCUCCAAUCUGCCUGAGCUGCUCUAACACAUUAAGAAGGUCGAAUUAUUAUAGUUUCAAUUAAACAAAGCUUUGAUAUCUCUGUUCUGGAGAAAAGGCUUUCUGUAAUAAUUUUUACCGCUAUGUGUUGCUAUAAUGCGGAGUAUAUCUUGUGUGCCAUUUACGCGUGAUCUUUGAUAAUAACCAGCCUUGGCUUUCCAUUUAGCUAGCUCAAUUAUCCUCAUCCAUUACAUCAGACAAUAUACUUGUCUAUCAGCUGCUAUACUAAAAAAAGGAUUGAAUAUAAUGUAACUUGUGGUAUGUGCUUAAAAGCUCAAAAUGUAGAUUCUGUUCUAUACAUUCAGUUGAGAUUAGAACAAGUUCUUGUUUAUUUAAUUGCUAAUUGUGCUUAUGGUUCCAUUGGUUACACACUUUAUUUAUAAUUAUAAUAUUUUUCUCUGCUGGAUGCUUCUAACAUUAUUAACAAUAGAGAGAAGUAUAAUGUGGAAUAUAUGUGCCUUGGUCACAGAGGUAUGUUAUAAGGCUAGACAUCACUCAAAGUUGUACCAUUUUUAAAGGGUCCCAAGAAGUAUCUGGACAACACAGAUUUGGGGACACCUGUCCUGUUUUCCUGGGCUUUGACCCCCAAAACAUGCAGCACUCAUAGAUGCAUGAGACUUUCUGGUAAAUUCUGACCAUAUCUAGAGUUUUUACAUAUGUGCACCGCAGUUGGCUUCUGUUUCAUGGCUCCUACGCUCCACAUGUCACCUGUGUCUGUGUGAGGUACCCCCUAUUUCUCUGUGUUUAGGGGAGCAUGUAAAAUGAGCCUAAUUUUCUAUCUGCAAUUAUCAAGGGUUGUAUCCGAUUUUAACUACUGAGAGCAGCCCUUGUAUAAUAACGCAUUCUGUUCUGUGUGGAUUUCUGUAUGAUCAUAUUGUGUGUUGGUAUAGUGCUUUGAUCGGAGAGUUGUUGUCUUGCUGCUCGUAUAUAGUUUGCUUUGUCCAUAAUCACCUCCGCAACCUCCUCAUGUGCAGGUAACAUAAUGUAGGUUCUAGGCUAGUUUUAUGUCUUAUAACUCAAUUGUUGACAAAAAACUACUUUGUGUGAGUUGAUUGAGCAGUCUCCGGUUUUAAGAAUGAAUCACACAAAUGCAUCACACAAUACAUCCUACGUGCAUCAUAAAAGUAAGUCCUACAUAAAAAUUAAAAAAAACACAAUUAUAAUUUUAGAGAAAAUUAUGGCCUGGCAUUUUUUCUAUUUAUUUUGUCAACAUUUAAAAUUGGGAAUACACUUUCCACUAUUUUUCUCAUGAUAGUUUGGGUAUUAAAUUGGUUUCUGUUUUAAGUUUAACAGCUUACUAUAUUUCUAAGUGUUUUCCUACAAAGACAAAUUAUAGUAUUUAACCACAAUGUCACUUUGAUAAUAUUUCAUGCAUAUGCCUGUAAUCUAUGCAAUUAUUGUUGCAUAAUAAUAAUAAUGAAUACAAAAUGAUGCUUUAUAAUGUUCUGCGACUAACCAUCUAAAAUUGUUGCAGUAUAAAGGAAUUCAGCCAAAUACCAGUCUCCCUCAGCCACCCUCCCCCCCCAAAAAACUCAAAUCUUUUUAGUUUACUUUAACAUAGUCCUAAUCCUUCUGCUUGUCUCUUAACGGAUCAUGUGGCAUAUCAGAAGAUUAAUUCUUUAGAAUCAAAAAAAAAAAUAAUGUAAGGAGUGAUGGGGAUAUUUAUAUAUGCAAAUACUAUUGAUUGAACACUGAGUUAGCCCAAGGUGACUCAUUCAUAUGUGUGCACAUAAACCGCAAUGCGUUUUUUUUAAUCAAAUGUAAAAUUCGGAAUAAUUCAUGAACAUACAGUUAUUCCCCCAAUUGUUAUAAAUGUCUUUCUAUCUAGCUAUCAUACUAUUUGGCUAUAAUCUGGCUUUCCAUUUAUUUGGUUAUCUAUCUAUCUGGAUAUCUAUAUCAUUAAUAGUGAUGUCGCGAACCGUUCGCGAACUUGCCGCGAACGGUUCGCCACGAGAUUGGCAGGGAUGUGUCAGCUGACCGGAGUUCGCCGCGAACGGUUCAUGGCGAACUGUGGCGAACCGUUUGCGGCAAGUUCGCGAACGGUUCGCGACAUCACUAAUCAUUAAGUGAAUAUCAUUUUAGAUUAAACCUUCAUGCACACAUGCAGGCUGUGGUUAUAUGUAGGAAAAAAAGCUGAUCUGACACUUUCCUUAUCUUUGCCCUUUGUACAGUUUUUUUCAUUUUGUCAGUAGUUGGAAUUUUAAUGACUCACAACCCAUAUUUUAUUAACCAUGUGUGGGUGAUUCAGUAAAUGUAUGCUGGAUUCUCUAAUCUAUAUCACCUACACUGCCGCAGUAAUGUUUCUUUUCCAUGAACUACUGCCUUGUAAUACAGAGUUCUUGAAACCAGUGUUUUAAUGAUCCUCCACAAGAAAAACAAAAAGUGUGGUACAAAGCUAGAAAAAAGAUGAAAGAAAGUCAACCAUUUGGGAGGGUUUGAGAGCAAGGAAUGAAAAGCUAUGAAAAACGGUCUGCAGAACAAAAAUGUACAGGAGAAGUGAGUGAUGUAGGAUGGGGAAGUGGUUUAAUAUCUAAAAUAUUGAUGACCAACAUGGGCCUUAUUGAAUAGAGUCCAAACGUCUGAACCUGUUCGUUCAACAAUGUAUCUUUCUGGAGACUUUAAUGAGCCCGCAUUCUGUCCUGGCCUGACAUAGUAUCCUACUUUUUCAAUAUUAUCUCCCAACCUCUCAUUAUUUCAUUAUUCUACUGCUAUUGGCCAAAUAUUUUCCUGUCAGUAAACACAAGCCUUUGUCCCUCAAAGUACCCCAACAGUUUUCUUCUCAAAACUGUCAGUUUGUAUGAGCUUAUAAAUGCUAUUAAAAUAAAUGAGCACACUUAAUAUCACAAUGGAGAUUCCAGAACUUUCUGAAGUCUCAAGUAUUCUAAACUUUUAAAGCUUCUAACAAUAAUACAUGUGUGUUUCUAUGUGGAGUACAUAUACAUAAAUAGUGCCUUGAAUGCUAAAUCUUUGACCCCUUUUUAUACUCUGACUGCUGUUCGCAUUUGAAUAAUAGAGAGCAAAUGCGAGUGCCACCCACUCCACCGCCGCCAUUUUUAUAAUCAUAUUUUGCUGCUUAACUGUGUAACACCUUCCAUAUAGGAAUGCCUUUCUCUGUGGGUAUGGUCAAUUGCAGAAAGAGAGAGCGCUCACUAGUGGACAGACUCUACAAGUAAAGAGUCGCACAAGCCAGGGACUGGGCAAAGGUCAGAUCCAAGUGCAGGUGAACUGCAACAAAAGCUAAAUUUCAACUCUACAAAGGUUUUUAGUAAACCUCAACCUUUUAUAGGUCUGAAACAUUACUCUUCAUUGCAAUAAACCUUUCUUGGACCAAACGCGUAUCCAAUCCUUUUAUUUGUACAUAGCAGGUGCCAUUAUUAAAUCACACAUAUUGGUGGAAUUGUAUUGAUUAAAUAUUAAUAUAUAAAAAAUAUAUAUUUAAACUGGUAAUUGUGGAGAAUGGGAAAUUUUAGCUCAAAAUUGUCCGUUUUUUCUGACUCAAAUGCAAAAUCUGGUUUAGUGGAUUAGCCUUGUGGUAUGAAAAAGCCAUCUCACAAGUGACUUGCUAACUAAAUACAAAAGGUAUUGGAAUAGAAAACGUAUACUACUCUGCAGCACCACCUGCAGGCAAACUGUAUAUUUGAACAUAUGUAAUGUUUUCUAUAAACCGUCCCAUCAAUUCACCUGCUUUGUUUUGAGUUAUCAACAUUUCGAGCUUCGUGCAAAAAUGUAUUGGUUUAAAUAAAAUAUUGUAUUGCUUGAAAACGAGAUAAAUCUCAAUGUAUCCAUCCUGGUAAAAUAUUUUAUAAACAAAAUUAUGUUUUUAUAGGAAAAGGGAUCCUGCUAAGUAUAUUCCACAAACCUCAAUGCUUAAUAGCACAUGAUUCUCAGACUGAAUAACAUAGUUUAACUUUAAUUUAUCGGUAUUAAGUUGUUUGUUUGUUUUUUGUUUUUGUUUUUUUUUUUACCGUUGCAUUUCACCGUGAAGGGCUGUGUAUGGGACGAGCCACAGAAAAUAAUCUGAAAUUUUGUUUAGACAUGUUAAACAAUUCACACACACACACACAUAUAUAUUACAUUGAUAUAAAUAUACAUUAUUAUGAUUAGCAGCAGCAGUAUUUUGCUGUUCAAAACAUGGUUAGUGUUGCUGGCAGAUCUGCUUUGAGUAAUUUGUUUGAGAUAAAUUUUUUGUCAUUUGGAAGCUUGUGUGUAAGGCAGCCAUUUGUGGAUAAUGAACUUCAAUGCACAUCAUGCUGAUAAAUCCAACAUGCUGAUUAAACGUGAGUUUUAGUUACAGGACAUGAAAGAGUCUUAUGGGACACUCUAAGCACCAAAACCACUUCAUCUUAAUGUUGUGGUUUCCUGUGACUAUUAGCCAGUUAGCUGGCUGCUAGUACUGGGAGUGGGAGUGGGAGUGAUCUAGAGCAACUAAUGUACCCCAGAUUAUGUCUGGAACUCUUUCUUGUCUUCUAUACAGCUCCAAUAAUCUCUCGGGCUGUCUGCAUAUUGACAUUUUUAACAUUUCUCAAAUCUUUUUUUUUUUUUUUUCUAACACAAUGUAAAGAUUUUUUUUUUCAUUAUUAUUAUUUUAUUCAUUUGUUAUUCAUGCAUCCUGAUCAAAGCGCUUCUCUUCUUAAUUGCACACAGCUGUAAAUGUGGGAAUGAUCCCAGUUCUUCCAAUAAACAGGACUUCACAAGUCAGUAUUUUGUCUCCGUCUAACCAGAUGUUAAACAAACCAAACCUAAUGGGUCUUAAAUGUGGAUGUUGUUUAGGUUCAUCAUAACCCCGAUUAUUGCAGUUUGUUCUGCUCGGUGUCUGCUGAUGAAAUUGCUUUCAUAUUCCAUUUGUGGGACCAGGCAAUCCAUACCAUAUAAUUAUAGAUUUCUCUUACGCUGGGCGGAAUAAAAGCAACGUUUUUGUUGUUGUGGUUUUUUUUAAGGAGAGAGAAUGUAAAGCUUUCAGUUGACUGGGAACAGUGUGUUUUUGUGGUUACCCAUAGGUGUACACAAGCUAUUCGAGCGGCAAGGCUGCUGAAAUCCAAGUUCAAAAGGGUAUCGGGUCACUGAAAUUCUGUAUCUGCUCAUUUUAAAUUGGUUUCAUCAAAGAGCAGACAUAGUGUUUAUUUAUUUUGUUGUUGUUUUUCUUCUGUGCUGGCAUUACUGUAUGUAAAUAUAUUUGUAACUAAAUAAGCACACACCUUGUUAAGAUAGGUAGGCUCAUUUCUACCUGCAGCAAGUAAUGUCCAUAUUAAAGAUAUCUGAGGGCCUGGUUAGCAUUGUUCAAACCACCUCAUACUUUGAUAACCUAGUACUGGAUGAUGGUAGUUAUGGUGUUUUGGUGCUUCUUGUAUGUCCGUAUAAGGUUCUAAUAUAAAACCAGCAAUUUGCUCAACCAUAUAUUUAGACACACUUACUAAUUGGAGCCCCUUUGUAGUUACAUUUGUACAGACUGUGGCAUUUCUGUUAGAUAAUUUAGGAAUACAAAGUAUGCAAUUUAACAGAUCUUAUCCUAUAUGGAAUUAUAUAUUUAGUUCCUGAAAAAAAAUGUUUAUGGUACUUGUCGAUACUUUAAGUAUUUGUAGCGGUACUUACCCUUUCCAGGGGCCGGCCGGGGUCCUCUGUUCGAGCCGCGCGCGGUCCUGCUGCUGCACGAGCCGCGCGCGGCUCAGCCGACCGCUGUGACUAGUAGCGGUCACAUGUUCCACCUACUCUAAGAGCGCGCCGCGGGUAUCGGGCGCGCUCUUAAAGGGACAGUGGGUGCCUAAAUUGGAAAAGGCAUCCCAUUGGUCCCUGUCAUGCCACACUCCCCAUACACUUACCUUUUGGGGGCGUGGAUGUGACAGGGACCAAUCAAAUUAGAUGUUUAGGUAUUUAUACUCACCUUCUUUCCUUUGUUCCUUGCCCUAUCGUGGUUUCUGUAUCAGUUCCCUUUAGCGCUUGUUGUGUUCAGUUGUGUUUCUCCGUAUUGACCUUGGCUUUGUUUCUGACUACGUUUUCUCUUUAUCCUUAUCUGUUCUGGUUGUCGGCUUGUUGUUUACUGUGUACCAGACCCCGGCUUGUCCUAGUUUACGCUGUCUCUCUGUGCCCUUGAUUUCGGAUCGUUCCUGACUCUGUCUCCUCUCAUAUACGUCGAGUCCGGCCAUUCUAAGGUCCGGUAGACGUAUCUCUCCUCUGUGUUGUCUUUUGUUUAGCUGAAUCCUGCGUGUUGGGGUAUAUUCUCGUUACAUUACGAUAGGGCCAUGGACCCCGCAGAUUUGGCUCAGCAAAUGGCUUCUCACGAGGCAAGGUUUGUAGAGCAGGAUCACCGUAUGGAUCAGAUAGCACAGGCUCUCCAGACGCUCUUGUCUAGAACCAUUCCUGCAACCGCACCUAACCCUCCUACACCUCAUCCUCCCGAAGUAUCCAAUUCAACCAAUGCUUCGCCCCAUUUAACACCUCCUCCUAGGUAUGGAGGGGAAGCCAAGACAUGCAGAGGUUUUAUUAAUCAAAUAGAAUUCCACCUUGAGAUGUAUCCUCAUUCCUUUCCCACUGAUAGGUCUAAAGUGGGGUUUUUGAUGCAUCAACUUACUGACAAAGCACUAGAGUGGGCAAAUCCUAUUUGGGAGGCCAAUGGACCUAUGGUUCAUGAUUUCAAUAGUUUUCUUGCGGCUUUUCGUAGAACUUUUGACACAACAAAGAGGUCAAAGAAUGCCGCAAGAGCAUUAAUGAGGAUUAAACAGGGGUCUAGGUCUGUGGCGGAUUAUGCUAUUCAGUUUCGUACCCUUGCCUCACAGGUAGAUUGGACCAAUAAUGGGUUAACUACUGCGUUCAUGGAAGGUUUAUCUGACACUAUAUUAGAUGAGGUAGCGGCAAGAGAGCUUCCUAUCCCAUUAGAGGAUCUUAUUGACUACCUCAUUGAUAUAGAUAAUAGAAUUCGCGACAGGCUCUAUACCAAAAACAAGAAUAGACGUCUGGUCACAUCUAUUAACCCUAGAGUUGAUAAACCUGAGAGUGUUAAAGUACCCGAGGAGGAACCCAUGCAAUUAGGGGUUGCCAAACUCUCGGAUACUGAAAAACUACUUAGAAGAAGGAAUGGACUCUGCCUAUACUGUGGUAGGCGAGACCAUAUGGUAAGGGAAUGUCCUUUGCGUCCGGAAAACUCUCGCACCUAAGACCUUAUAGGGGACUGGCCUUGGGUGUGAUCUCUAAGUCUCCUAAAUUGCCUCCUAAUCGUUUGCUUCUCCCUGUUUCCCUUCAUAUGGGGGUGAGUUGUAUAGCAGAAUGCAUAUUAGCCUUGGUUGAUUCUGGGGCUGCUGAGAACUUUAUUGACUCUGAGUUUGUUACGAAAAAUAACAUUCCCGUCAGAGAAAGGGAGAUACCCUUGGCCAUUGAGGCCAUAGAUGGUAGACCAUUAAGUUCUCCAAUUGUUACUCAUGAAACUGUACCAUUACACAUGUAUACAGGGGUUUUACACUUUGAAACCAUUCGAUUCCAGGUUAUCACAUCUCCCUCUUCUCACAUUGUGUUAGGGUACCCAUGGUUACGUACUCACAAUCCCAUUUUCGAUUGGGAGUCAGGGCAAAUAAAAUCAUGGAGCGAUGCCUGCCAUGAGUCCUGUACUAUUGAAGUCACCCCUUUGAAUUCCAUUAAUGUCCCUGCAACUCCUCCUUUGUCCACUGUUAUACCCUCUCAGUACUUAUUUCUCAAAACUGUCUUCGAUAAAAGGGAGGCUGACAAAUUACCACCUCACAGACCCUACGAUUGUGCUAUCUAUUUAUUGCCUGGCACAAUACCUCCAAAGGGCAGGGUGUACCCUUUAUCUGUUCAAGAAAACCGUGUCAUGGAGGAAUAUAUUAAGGAAUCAUUAGAAAAGGGGUUUAUUAGGAGAUCCUCUUCUCCGGCUGGAGCGGGGUUCUUCUUUGUAUCAAAGAAAGAAGGUGAUUUAAGACCGUGUAUCGAUUAUAGAGGUCUAAAUAAAAUCACCAUCAAGAAUGCAUAUCCUAUACCUUUAAUCACGGAAUUAUUUGACAGACUCAAACAUGCUACUGUAUUCACUAAAUUGGAUCUUAGAGGUGCAUACAAUUUAAUACGUAUUAAGAAAGACCACGAAUGGAAAACGGCAUUCAACACUAGAUCUGGCCAUUACGAGUAUACUGUUAUGCCAUUUGGUCUAUGCAAUGCCCCAGCAGUAUUUCAAGAAUUUAUCAAUGACGUUUUAAGAGACUUUAUUCACACAUUUGUAAUUGUGUACUUAGACGACAUAUUAAUAUACUCUACAGAUUUACACACUCAUCACAGGCAUGUUACGACAGUUCUGAAGACCCUUCUUGCUAAUGGUCUUUAUUGUAAACUGGAAAAAUGUCUAUUUGACCAAUCCGAAGUCCAGUUUUUGGGGUAUUUAAUUUCCGCUAAAGGUUUUCGUAUGGAUCCCCAGAAGCUUUCUGCUGUCAUGGAAUGGCCUCUUCCACAAGGUUUGAAAGCCAUUCAGCGUUUUCUUGGUUUCUCUAAUUAUUAUAGACGCUUUAUUAAAGGUUUUUCCUCUAUUGUAGCGCCUAUCACCCGUAUGACAAGAAAGGGAGGCAAUACUCGUGUCUGGUCUCCCGAGGCACUUCAGGCUUUUGAGUUUCUUAAAACCACAUUCGCUUCUGCACCUAUUUUACAGCACCCUAUCCCCACACUGCCCUAUAUUCUUGAAGUUGAUGCUUCUGAUAUCGGGGUAGGUGCUGUCUUAUCCCAAAGAGAGUCGCCUGAAAAGCCAUUGCAUCCUUGUGGCUUCUUCUCCAAACAAAUGUCCAAAGCAGAAAAGAAUUAUGAUGUGGGUAAUCGUGAACUCCUUGCUAUUAUUUUAGCACUGAAAGAAUGGAGACAUUUGUUAGAAGGAACUAAAGAUCCUAUUCUCAUAUUUACGGAUCAUAAGAACCUAUCCUACCUUAGUGAGGCUAAAAGACUGUCUUCUCGGCAGGCUAGGUGGUCACUAUUUUUGUCCCAUUUCAAUUACAUUAUCACCUAUAGGCCAGGUGACCGCAACACUAAAGCAGACGCUCUGUCCAGACAGUUCGAAACUGCUGACAAACAGGAGAUUGAUGUUACUCCUGUGAUUCCCCCAGAAAGGAUAAUCGCUACCACUGUUUUGUCUAUUUCUUCGUCCCUCUUGCAGGCCAUACAAGCGAAACAAAACAUGGCACCUAGCGAGAGACCUACUGAUAAACUGUUCGUUGAUGUUCCCGAGAGACGGGAGAUUCUGUCGUUGUAUCAUGACACUAAGACUGCUGGACAUCCUGGUAUUUCCAAAACGGUGUCAGCGGUUUCUCGGUAUUUUUGGUGGGAUUCCUUACGCAAGGAUGUCACUGACUAUAUAGGUGCUUGUACUACUUGUGCCUGUAUGAAAUCUUCUCGUAGGGUUCCUUGUGGGCUGUUGCAUCCGUUACCUAUUCCCGAGAGACCUUGGUCUAACCUGUCCAUGGAUUUUAUUGUUGAAUUACCUCCCUCGAAUGGUAACACAGUUAUCCUAAUGAUAGUGGAUCGGUUUUCCAAGAUGGCUCACUUUGUGUCUCUUCACAAGCUGCCCACGUCCAGGGAACUAGCACUUGUUUUCGCCAGAGAGGUGUUUCGAUUACACGGCAUUCCCGUAUCUAUUGUAUCUGAUAGGGGUAGCCAAUUUAUUUCCAGGUUCUGGAAAGCCUUUUGUUCGGAAAUGGGUAUUUCUCUCUCAUUUUCUUCCGCUUACCACCCCCAGUCUAAUGGAGCUGCCGAACGUGCCAAUCAAUCUCUGGAGCAGUACCUUCGUUGUUUCGUAUCCCACCAUCAGAACAAUUGGUCUGACCUUCUUCCUUGGGCUGAGUUUGCUCGGAAUAACGCUACUCAUGAUUCUUCCGGCAAGAGUCCUUUUUACGUUGUAUAUGGCCAACAUCCUGUUGUUCUUCCGGCUGCUUUCUCCUCACAGGGCAUGCCAGUUCUGGAUGAACAUUUGGCUAAUUUGCGUAAUACUUGGGAGCAGGUUCAGCGUUCUUUGGUGGAUUCCGCUGCUCGCCAGAAGGUGCAGGCUGACAAGCAUCGCAGGGCGGCUCCUUCUUAUGUUGUGGGGGACAGGGUUCUGCUUUCUACGCGAAACAUUCGCCUCCGGGUGCCUUCUAUGAAAUUGGCUCCCCGCUUUAUUGGUCCUUAUCGUAUUCUGCAUAAGGUUAAUCCUGUUUCGUAUGCCUUGGGUCUCCCUAAGAAUCUGCGUAUUCCUAAUGUCUUUCACACCUCGUUGUUGAAGCCUUUCGUACGCAACCGCUACACCCGACAUGCACCUCCUCCCCUCCUGUUUCUGUGGAGGGUCAUGAGGAAUUUGAAGUUUCUGCAGUUCUUGACUCUCGUUUCCUUAGGGGCCGACUUCAGUACCUAGUGCAUUGGAAGGGCUAUGGGCCUGAGGAGCAUAGUUGGAUUUCCGCUGACGCGGUUCACGCUCCUCGUCUUGUGCGCUCUUUCCAUUCUCGUUUUCCUGCCAGGCCUGGCCCUCCCCGCCCGGAGGGCGUGUCCUCAGGGGGGGGUAAUGUAGCGGUACUUACCCUUUCCAGGGGCCGGCCGGGGUCCUCUGUUCGAGCCGCGCGCGGUCCUGCUGCUGCACAGCCGCGCGCGGCUCAGCCGACCGCUGUGACUAGUAGCGGUCACAUGUUCCACCUACUCUAAGAGCGCGCCGCGGGUAUCGGGCGCGCUCUUAAAGGGACAGUGGGUGCCUAAAUUGGAAAAGGCAUCCCAUUGGUCCCUGUCAUGCCACACUCCCCAUACACUUACCUUUUGGGGGCGUGGAUGUGACAGGGACCAAUCAAAUUAGAUGUUUAGGUAUUUAUACUCACCUUCUUUCCUUUGUUCCUUGCCCUAUCGUGGUUUCUGUAUCAGUUCCCUUUAGCGCUUGUUGUGUUCAGUUGUGUUUCUCCGUAUUGACCUUGGCUUUGUUUCUGACUACGUUUUCUCUUUAUCCUUAUCUGUUCUGGUUGUCGGCUUGUUGUUUACUGUGUACCAGACCCCGGCUUGUCCUAGUUUACGCUGUCUCUCUGUGCCCUUGAUUUCGGAUUGUUCCUGACUCUGUCUCCUCUCAUAUACGUCGAGUCCGGCCAUUCUAAGGUCCGGUAGACGUAUCUCUCCUCUGUGUUGUCUUUUGUUUAGCUAAAUCCUGCGUGUUGGGGUAUAUUCUCGUUACAGUAUUUGAGUAUUGUUUAUUUGUUUUUCUCUUAAUGGGUUUAAAUCUGAAUGCUUUUUUACUGCGUUCAUUAAGUGUUUUGUGGCUUUUAGCAGCAGUUUAGUUGUUCCGGUGUUGUAUUGACCAUGUGGAUGUAUGUGUUGUGAAUGCAAGCAACAUAAAUAAAAGUAAAUAGAGCAAAGAGCAAAAAAAGUUAAUAAAAAAAACUUUGAUCCAUUAAAUUAAUAAAUAUAAAGGCAAGAAGCUAAACGCUCUGCCUCCCCAGGAUCAGAGGAGGCCUGGCACUGCCGGACUUCAAAAAGUACAACCAAGCUACCACCAUGCAACGUAUCCUGGAGUGGCACACAGCCGCGGACCCGAAACAAUGGGUAACCCUGGACAGAGGAGACUCGGGGACCAAACUUAAAGCCGACGUGUGGAGGGAGGGGUCGGGUCGGUGUGGAACAGAGGAGGACGGCAAUCCGGUGGCACAGACACUGAAGAUCUGGAAAUCGGCUAGAAGACUGGAACAGGUCUCCCCGACCCCCAGUCCUAUGAUCCCAAUCACCCACAACCCCAAUAUCGGGGGAGGACUCCCCUAUAGGACCUGGGCCUUUCUGGGGGAAAGGGAAUAUAUCCCAAUGUGCACGAUCCUGGAAGGAGGUCAGAUACGGUCCCUCAACUCACUACUAGCUGGCAGACCACAGACCCCCCUCCUGACCCUCUAUUAUCUACAACUAGCACACUAUUACGAAUCCUUACCCCACAAGGACCUCCAACACAGAGACCUUACGUGGUUCGAAAGCAUAUGCCGCAGAGGUUCCAAACUCGAGAACGCGGUAUCUACGCUCUACCAACACCUGCUGAUAGGGGCCUCUUUGGAUAAUAAUACAUUUCAAAGACGAUGGGAAACACAACUAGACAUAUCUAUUACGCCAACGCAAUGGGGGACAGCGCUCCUAUGGCAGCACAAAAGCUCCUCUAGCUCCUAUUAUCAGGAGGUCAAUUAUAGGACCCCGGUUGCCCUACAGAAGAUUUACCCAGAGGCGUCCCCACUCUGCUGGAGAUGUCAAGAUGCGAGAGGUACCAUAGUACACUUAUGGUGGGAAUGCCAUGCCAUCGCACAAUACUGGGAUCAUAUCCACUCCAAAAUAAAGGAGAUCCUGGUGGAUGACACAGAAUGGUCCCGAGAAUUGGCCCUACUACAUAUUACUUCACAACCUAUUCCCAGAUAUAAGAGAUCAAUUCUACGCCAUCUUUUGAAUGCUGCCAAAUCCCUAAUUCCAGUAUACUGGAAGACCGCAGCCGUUCCCACGACAGAGGAAUGGCUCCAUAGGGUCAAAGACAUACAGGCGGCGGAGGCAGUGCGGGUAUCCCUGGUGGGGCGUUCGACAAGGCACACGUAGACGUGGCAACCCUGGUUCUCGUAUCGGGCAGAUAGAUAGAGGGCCCAUGCGGGGCGCAUCGGGAACGGGGGGGCGGGACGGACAGACCAGGAUCCGUCACUUUUAUUGGCCGUGCUUACCCCCCUAUAUAGGAUACUCCAUCUCGGGAGGAAUUAUGGCCCGUGGUAACAUAUGAUCCCUUACCGACCCGAACUUAUGCUCGCACACACUGGACAACCGACAACGUGGCAUCACAAAACCCCUCCCGACACACACACGCCCAAUCAACGCACACGAUAGACUAAACUACAGUCUACAGGACACAUCAUACGGAUGUGCAAAUCGGAAGAUGGAGCCCAAAGGGAAGGACCCAACACACACUAUUGGGCCGGACCCCAGACGAUCCCACUGGGACAAUAACACAGCUUAGGUUCACACUGCAUGACCAACGUGCUACCGUAAGCCGCUACGACAGGACCUGACGAAAUCUCGACCAUCACACGCACGCUCACGGCCCGUUUCAGUUGGGCAGGAGAGUGCGGACACCAGGGAAGGCUCUCUUCAUACUUACACGUCAUUCCUUAACUUUCUUCUUCUCACCCUACAACACACUAUCUUCCUUGUUACUCUCAUACGUCUCUCAGGGAUAUAAGUCACUAACCUGACGACUGAAAGCAAUAUCUGUCUGACUAUAUCUAGGGGGUCGAACACCAAAUGUGGAACAUGCACCACGCAAACACACUAGAUAAUGUCUUGCAAACAAAUACUGAGAAUGCUCUUUUGUGCUGUAUUUGUGCAAAUAACAUGUACGCUAACUAUGCCUUAAACUGAUAUCGUGGUGUAAUAGCCUUGAAGUUAUAUGAACCUUCCAAUGUAAUGUUCUGAAGAAUAACAUAUGUUGUAACAUGUAAUACUGCUUUUCGUUGAGGCCUGCGAGCCUCAUUAUUUGACCUCUUCUCCCUCAAUAAAACCAGAUUUGCAAAAAAAAAAAUAUAAAGGCAAGAAGCUACCAUUUUUCAGAUUAUGUACUCUUGUGUUUACGUAAAUGUAUUUAAAAGACAAAACACACCAAAACAAACAGACUUGUUUGUUUUGUUUUGUUUUUGGUUUUUUUAAGGAUUGUCAGGAAUUUAAGGUUAAAGUCAAAGUCGCCAAACUGGAACUGUAGCUGACUCAGAUAAUCUCUCCAAUUAUGGCUCCAAUUGGCCUUACACCAUGACGAUCACACUAUCAACUAGUAAAGUAUUGUACAAUUCCCCUUCCCAAAAAUGUAGUCAAAUCUGUAGUGGCAGAGCCAUAAUCCUCUUUGUGUGUUCUUCCCGUGUCCAGCCAUAUCUCCUGCAUGAGCAAAAAGGACCGUGCAGAAUCUGCAUUCCAUAUUGUAACUUGUCUGGUUUCGUUUGCAGUAUUUUUAUAUUCAAUGAUGAUUUUUUUUUUUUUUUACUUGUAGAUAUGCAGAACCUGGAGAAGUUAUUGAAGGAUGCAGUGGUAAAUGGCCAACCUCGCACUCACAGAGCCUGGAGAAAAAUUCUUAUACUUGUUGAGGGAAUUUACAGGUAAAUGGCACAUGUUUAAUCUUAUGAGAAAUAAGGGACCAAAUGAAAAGGAACUGUUGCUUUUCUGUUAGUACUCACUUCUUUUUAACUUGCCCCAGCAAAAGAUUUUUAAGCGUUUGUUUAGCAAAGACAAGAAUAGAACAACAUAUGUCAUGCGCCCACCUGGGUCAUAGGUGCCGCCAUACUUCCAAUAUCGCCUCCACAUCCAUGUAUGCACAUCAUGAAUUGUUACAUCAUUUUUCAGGUGUCGGGACCAUGUGUCAAAUUUGGAAUUUGCAUAAUGUGUCCGGUUGUGCCAGUGCAUACGUUUAAAGCAGAUUAAGUUGUUAUCUUGUAAAGAUGCCUUCUGUCACAAUUAUUCUAGUUUGUCUUUCAUACGAGAUAUUAUGAAAUAUUACUGUAGAAUAGUGGUAUAGCAAAUCAAAAACUGCAAAUACUACAAGUGCGUUUACCUUUUAACCAGUUAUGGUCGACAUGUCGCUGUUGUGCAUUUAAUGCCCACAUAAAAGGAUUGCAGUUAACUGAAGGAGGAAUUCUUGACUAUUUUUCUUGUUGGUAGCAUAAAGGUGACCUAAACAGUAGACAUUUCACCUACAUUUCAGUAAGGCUUUUGACACUGUUCCACAUAGAAGACUUCUCAGUAAACUGCAACCUUUGAGUUUGGAUUCCAAUAUUGUUGAAUGCGUUGGGCUAUGGCUUUUCCUUCGGUCACCGGCAUUUGAUGGCAGAGUAGGCACCUGUCAUCAAGGUAAGAAGGUGUCUGCUCUGCCAUACUGUGACAGGGUUCCUCUGGGCGUCCCCACCUUCGGGCGCCUGGAGGAGCGGCCCGACGCUGAGGGGGGGCGGCUCUAGAGCCGCUCAUCCAGCGCUGCGGCCCAAGACAGGGGGAGCCCACUAGGAAAUACCCCGGUGCGCCCCCAGCAGGCCGACGCCCUAGGCAAAUGCCUAGUUCGUCUGACGGUGGUGCCGGCCCUGUAUGGAACCACCAUAAAUGACCCUCUGAAUAAUUCUGCAUCACGGCUCAUCUUCCUAAAAUAAUCUUCCUUUUCCACUCUGUUCUUCACUGGCAUCAUCAAGAUUAAAAUACAUAUGUUAAUCCUUUUGCAUUUCUACACCUAUUAUUAAAGAUUCUCAUCAAAACGCUGGGGUACCCAAACACAUGAACACAACUUUCUCCCCAUUUAUAACCAUUCUUUUUAACACUCUCUUAAAACCUCUUUAAUCAAACUCAAAAGUCAUUUUACUGACACCGCUCUUACAUAUUCAAUAUAUGUACAAUCUAGCAAACUAUAUAUUUUUUGUCAGUGCUGUUUCUGGUACAGUUUUGAUUGGACUUCUAACGAGACUUGCUCAUAAUGCAUUUGACAUGGUACACAGAGUUUUAGCAACUCCAAGAAUCUGGAAAUGCUACCUUAAUUUGCAUCUGCCUUACUAAAUAAUAUAAAUAUAUAUUUAUCUAAAAUUCUAUUUUAGUUGUUACUUGGUAAUAAAAACUUUCUUUCUCCUGAAGCCUGUGACUGGGAAAAUAUUGAUGUACUAAUUCAAUUUACUUAAUAUGUAACCUGAUCCCUGAUUAAGCAGAGGGCACAGGAAAGAGCUUGGUUUGAUUAAUAAACAAAUGUCAUUGACGUGAGCCGUAACAGAUUUUCUCAGGAGUUAUCCUGCACAUCUUGAAUCAAUACAAAUCCAGUUUCACCUAGGCAAACACACGUUUCAGGCACACUCUAUCUCCCUGUUGGGUCCCACUGACAUUUUACAUACAUUUAGUUUUUUGUUUUUUACGUCCAUGGUAUCCAGUCUUCUAAUGUGUGUAUUAUCUGCGGCAGACAAAAAGCACGACUGGUCUUUAUCUAAACACCUGCCACUCAUUGCUAGAGGAACAGUACCCAAGAGCUGCUGGUUCUGAGCAGUCUCUGCAUUACUUCUUUCUCUGUAAUCAGAUUAAACACUAACUAAACAUUUCAUUUUCAACAACAGAGAGAAAUGAAAUGUUUCCAAUGUCUUUGAUCACAAGAAAGAUGGAGGACCACCAACAAGUUAAUGUGCAAUAUCCAUGUCUGUUGUGUGGGACACAGAUUACAGGGCGGCUGGUGGUUUUCUUAGUUCUUCUGAUCACUGUGUAACGUAGAUGUCCCAUCUCCUAUCCAACGUUAACCGUUUCUGUGUGUUCUGUAAUUAUCAUUCUGUUUACAUAGUGGAACGGUGAGAGGUGGUUGGGGUGACUUUCCUCACCUAGUGUAGUAUUAAACGCCGUGCUGCUUUCGGUCCAAUUCUAAAGAAAAGUAAUGUAGAUGUUAACAUAACUUUAACAAUCAUUAAAAAAGGGCUUUUAACAAGGGCACUGUUAUGGAUAAAAUGGGAUGUCAUGUUAAAGGGACUUGAUGUGGGUAUGUUUUUAGGGAUUUAGGGGGUAUCUGUCUGAAAGGUGCUGUGUACCUUAACUCUGUCAUGAUUCUCAGACAUGCAAAACAUCAAGUCCCACCUUAAUCCUAAACAUACCUGAUCUCAAAUCUGUAAACCCACAACACACAGAGUGUGACAUAAUUCUGUGUGGAUAGAAAAAAGGACCACUAUAGCCCCCACCCUCAGGGUCCCCCUCCCGCCCGGCUCUGGGGAGAGGAAAGGGUUAAAACGUACCUUUUUUUCCAGCGCCGAGCGGGGAGCUCGCCACCUCUUCUCCUCCCCUUCGGCUGAAUGCGCACGAGCCGUGCGCGCAUUCAGCCAGUCUCAUAGGAAAGCAUUUACAAUGCUUUCCUAUGGACGCUUGCGUGUUAUCACUGUGGUUUUCACAGUGAGAAUCACGUAAGCGCCUCUAGCGGCUGUCAAUGGGACAGGCACUAGAGGCUUUGGAGGAUGGAUUAACCCUAUUAUAAACAUAGCAGUUUCCAUGAAACUGCUAUGUUUAUAAAAAAAAGGGGUUAACCCUAGAUGGACCUGGCACCCAGACCACUUCAUUAAGCUCAAAUGGUCUGGGUGCCUAGAAUGGUCCUUUAAUAAUUUAUGCCGAGAUGAAAGGAUUUAUUACACAUUAGCUGCAGUUAGUAUGCUGUGUUAGUUAUUUGUUAGGAGUGGUUUUGUUUUUGUUUUUGUUUAGGAAUUAUUUUUCUAAACAAGACCACUCAUUCUAUCCCUCCCUUCCAAACUUCCAAACUGCAAUGCUUCUCUUUUGUUCAGAUAAUUUAUACGUAUACUCAAGAGUCAGUGGAAGCUGGUGACGUUUUAAGGUCUUCAAUCUCUGACUUGUUGGGCUCUGCCUAUAAACCCCAUGAGAUGUCAUGCUUUGGUUAAAAUCAGCUCAAUCUGUAGUCAACAACAAAGGGGAGAAUGAAAACUGCAGAUAUAAUCAUGGCAGACUCCUAUUUUUGAGAACACACUUAUCUGUAAUCUAUGCCAAUAGAUUUAUUUAUUUUUUGUUUGUUCCCAACAAAAACUGUGGACCAGACUUCACUGCCAGGGGUGUUUCUAAGUGGCAAAAAUACCAGGGGCUUUAGCCUGAAGGCAACUUAUAUGCCCCAUCCCACAGAUUUUGAAUUCCUGUCCAACCCCAAACCCCAACAUGUUAAACGAAACGCAUUUUGUCUUUAAUAAUAACUCAGUGAAGCUGCAAAAAUGUAAAGGCAAUCGGCCAUAAGUAGCAUGGCCUCCAAGUUCCUUUAUAAACCCAGCAGCAAUAAUAAAUAAUAAAAUAAAACACUAAUGCAUCAUACAGCUUUCUCCUUGUCUGGAAAAAAAAAAAUUGGCAUGCAAAUAAAAUUAAAAAUAAAUACAUACAAAAUCAUUUCCACCUUCCUUAUUCUAUGGUAUGGCUCUAGGCAAUGUCUAACACAGUAUUAGUAAAAUUAGUCUUUAGCAUAUCGAAGUGCAAUUUAAUGUCAAAACCAGGGCUGUCUUUAUCCUGUAAUUUCGGUUAAUCCAGGGUAAUUUGAGUUAAUACCCUUUAAAAAUAACUAUGAUAUGAUUAGUAUUAAUGUUGACAUUUUAGAACAUUGAUACUCACAACUACUCAAUCCCUACCAUCAAAAUUUUCAUUCUUUUUUGUUUGUUUUAUAAAAAACAUUUAAAAAUAAAUCAAGUGGGGAAAAAAAGUGGUAUAAAUUAAUAUUGGCACUCUUUCUGACUAAACAAAUUUAAUAGGAAAUGUGGUAAAUGAGAUAAAUAUGGCGAUACCAAACAAUUGGUGAAUGUUUGUUAUUUAAAAGUUACCUUUCCCUCUUUUGUCUUCUCAUUGUAAAGAUGUAAUGUUUUAUGUGUGACGGCAGUUAAGAUCCAUUCUGCCCAUCUAGUCUGCCAAAUUUUCUAAAUACUUUAAUUAGUUCCUGGCCUUAUCGUAUAGUUAGGAUAGCCCUAUGCCUAUCCCACGCAUACUUAGACUCCACUGUGUUAACCUCUACCACUUCAGCUGGAAGGCUAUUCCAUGCAUCCACUACCCUCUCAGUAAAGUAAUACUUCCUGAUAUUAUUUUUAAACCUUUGUGCCUCUAAUUUAAGACUAUGUCCUCUUGUAGUGGUAGUUUUUCUUCUUUUAAAUAUAGUCUCCUCCUUUACUGUGUUGAUUCCCUUUAUAUAUUUAAAUGUUUCUAUCAUAUCCCCCCUGUCUCGUCUUUCCUCCAAGCUAUACAUGUUAAGAUCCUUUAACCUUUCCUGGUAAGUUUUAUCCCGCAAUCCAUGAACCCGUUUAGUAGCCCUUCUCUGAACUCUCUCUAAAGUAUUCGUAUAUAAAUUGGUUCUUGCUUUGGACAUGUAUGCAUAUGUGUUAUUGUUUUUUUGUAUGGUUUAAAAAAAUAAAAAGUAAAUGGGAAAGACGUUAAAUUGAUUAUAAAAUGUGUACAUUUUGGCAUAGUAGUAAGGGAAAAAUGCCUUACUUAGUGCAAUAAGAUUUUAAUUUUUUUUGCAAGUUGUGAGAUUUGCAGUGUCAAAAUAAAUUGCGCUAUAGACAUACAGUACUAUGUCUGUCCUGAAUCCUGUAUAUUUACUGUAUAUAAGGAUUCACAUACAGUGCAUCACACAAUGUAGAAUAACACAAGUAAAAUUACCCCCUAAUCUCUGCUCCGAGCAUGGUUCAAUUGCCAGCUGCCCUUCUGGUUCCAUUCUGCGGCUCUCCCACAGAACUCUACCAAUCAUAGUUUGUUCUAUUGCAUUAAUUAUUCAACUGUUUUGAUAUUAAACUAUAUGUUAAAGGACCACUAUAGUACCAGGAAAACAAACUUGUUUUCCUGGCUCUAUAUGGACUUUGGGUCCCCCCCACCCUCUGGGUCCCACUCUCGCCGGGCUGAAGGGGGAAGAAGGGGUUAAAUUCUUACCUUUCUCCAGCGCCGGGCUCCCUUGGCGCUUGGGACACUCCUCCCUCUUCCGACAUCAUCCGCUGAAUGCGCAUGCUCGGCAAGAGCCGCGCGCACAUUCAGUCAGUCCAUAGGAAAGCAUUUCUCAAUGCUUUCCUAUGGACGCUGGCGUCUUCUCACUGGGAAAAUCACAGUGAGAAGCGCCUCUAGCAGCUGUUAAUGAGACAGCCACUAGAGGCUGGAUUAACCCUAUUGUAAACAUAGCAAUUUAUCUGAAACUGCUAUGUUUACAGCACACAGGGUUAACCCUAGAUGGACAUGGCACCCAGACCACUUCAUUAAGCUGAAGUGGUCUGGGUGCCUAGAGUGGUCCUUCAAUAUAUUGUGUGUGUGUGUGUGUGUGUUUGUGUAAUGUUUUGCUUUUCCUAUUUUUUGGGGGGGGAUCAGUCAAAUGAUAAUAGCAGACUAAGUAUAGCCAGUGGUGCCCUUGUAAUUGUUGAAGAAUGAAAAAUUUUUCUAUAAUCACCAUACUGCAAACAUAAAUAAAUAGGUUAAAGCUUGACAAAUUAUUCCUGGAAUUGUCUGCAAAUGCAAGAAUGUUCUUCCUACAAUAAUACAUCUGAUAGUCAUAAUGCCAUUUUUAUUUUGUGUGUUUAUUCUAAAUGAAUACAGAUAAAUGAAAUAGCAUGUUGAAAUGCCAAGAUCUGAGUCAAGGCUGUCUGCAACAGGAAACAGGAGAAUGUUCUCAUUUUUUAUUUUUUUUUAAUAUCAAUAUGUACCAUUCAAAAUCAACUAUUAGCAAGAUGGUAUUAUGGGAGACAAAUUGAAAGAGCCUUGUAAUAUUUGCAUAUUCAGUUUUUGUUGUGUCUUAUUUAUUUAUUUAUUUUUGUCCUUCAUUCACUGGGGCAGAAUAUAAUGUGAAUGAUUAAGCACUUUGCUUUGAUCUGCCAGUGCAGUAAGAAUUUGAGUUUUAAACAGAACCAGACAACUUAGAUCAAACCUUUUUAAUUCAGACCACAUUGAGGCUGUGUUUAUGUAGGUGAUAAAUACUUUUGAAGACAAGUAUUAGGGAGUGGGAAUUAUAUUAAGAUUUGUUGAACGUAUUGUAGAGUCUACAUUAUAUCUGUUAUUUGUAUUAAUUGUAUAUUCUGUUUUUUUUUGGUUUUCAGCAUGGAAGGGUCUAUUGCCCGUCUUCCAGAAAUUGUUGCCUUAAAGAAGAAGUAUAAGGCUUAUCUUUAUUUGGAUGAAGCUCACAGUAUUGGCGCAGUGGGACCGACAGGUCGAGGAGUAAUUGAAUAUUUCGGCAUAGACCCCACUGACAUAGACGUGCUCAUGGGCACAUUUACGAAAUGCUUUGGUGCUGUCGGAGGAUACAUUGCUGGGACACGGGUAAAGUCAUGUUCAAGAAUAAAUAUUGGCUAUUGGGGAAAUGGAAGCUGAUUCUUCUCGAUAUUAAUGUGGGACGACCAUCACUAUAUGCCUGAAACAGUAAGGCAACAAAAGAGGUGGCACGUUGACAUUUUGGUCUCUGAAUACACACAUAUGAUCAAGCUUUUCUGAUGGUGAAACUUUAUAAAUUGAUUUAAAGGGACAAUAUAGUCCCCAAAACAACUUUGUGUUAAUGAAGCAGUUUUGGUGUACAAAUCAUGCCCCAUGCAGUCUCACUGGUCAAAUCGCUGCUAUUUAGGAGUUAAAUCACUUUGUUUAUGAACCCUAGUCACACCUCCCUGCAUGUGACUUGCACAGCCUUCCAUAAACACUUCCUGUAAAGGAACCCAGAUAUUCUAGGCUCCUUUAUUGCAUAGACUGUUUUGUUUUAAUACCUAGGGUGUCCCUUUAACCCCUUAAGGACACAACUUUUGGAAUAAAAGGGAAUCCUGACGGAAUACUUCCGUCAUGUGUCCUUAAGGGGUUAAUAAGACCUAGGAAACCAAGACAAGUUUAGUAAUGUACCGUAUUGAAAAGUUUAUUUGAAGGGAGCAAUUUCUGAAAACCACUCUCCAAAACGCUUACUUCAGUAUUGCCUACAUUAAAUAGUGGGGAGUUGUGUUAUUUAUUUAUUAAUUUUUUUAUCAUGCCAACUAGGCUUUGCAGUAAUACAGCUUUUGCUACAGGAAGCUCUGCUUUUUUUAGAGAGAGACCAUAAAGGGAGCUGGAAUAAAGGAAUAAAAUAAUAUGAAUGAUAACUUUUGAAGCCAAAGUAUCAGUUGGCGUCAGAGCAUUGCCACAGGUUAACACAUGCAAUGGGUGCACUGGGUUGGUAAGGAAGAGGCAUGAUUUCCCUCCCCAGGCCAUGAAGGGGUACAGGAUCCUCUGUAUAGACUGGUUGGCUGGAGCGCCUGUGCUGCCUUAAUGUAACACUGCCCUGUUGGUGUCACACCUCAGAUGGUGUUACCCAUGCAUUCCGCUCCCUCAGAGUAACGACAGUGGCGUUAUAUAGAAUUGUAAAUUAAUAUAAACCAUGAAAAUCUUUCAUUUGUCUCUCCGCUCUUUCCAUUUACAGGAACUCGUGGCCACUUUAAAAUCACAUUCACACAGCUCUAUGUAUGCAGCGUCCAUGUCUCCACCUGUGACCGAGCACAUCAUAAAAGUGAUGAAAUGUAUUAUGGGAUGUGACGGGACACUUAUUGGUAAGAUUAUUUUAAAAUAUAGGAGUUUUUAUUUAUUUAUUUUUCUUCCUCAAUGUCUGUGUUUGGGGUUAACGUGAUUUAUUUUUUUAUUUUUAAACUUAAGAUCUGUAGAUUGCUAAAUGCCAAUACUUGCAUGCUGACUCCUUUAAGUGUCCCAGGAAGAAGGCCCUGUGGGCAUAUUUGACAUUGCAUAUAGUGGUUAAUUCUUGGAUAAUUGAUUGCUCAGAUAAUAAAAACAUGACCGGUAUGACAUAUUAUAGUUUAUGUAAUGCCUUGUGAAGUUGAAAUAUGUCAUUAAGAAAAAGAACACACCGGUCUGUGCAUCACAAUAUAUAUAUUUUUUUAUUUGAAUCGCCAACAUAUACCACAGCGCUGAGCUCCAGGGUAAUUAAGAAAUGGGGGGGUUUGUGGAUCUGUAGAUGCCGUAUGCUUCAUCGCUGUUUGUUAUUUUGGUUAUAUAUUAUAUUACCAGUCUCUGCAUAAGUGACCGUUGCUAAACUUGUAGGCACUGGUAUGCAUCUGCACUGAUGAAAGCCUGUGAUUGCAAACGUCUUUUAUAUUUUGGAUCAAUUUCCAAACGAUGAAGGUAUUAAUUAUGUGUGUUUAUAAACUAUAUCCUAAACAUGCACUGUAGAUUAUCUACGUAUAAUAAGGUAAUUAAAGAAAAACAAACUAUGCACAGCAACUCUGAAACAGGUUUCUACCAUUCUCUGAGCCCCAUACACAUGCUCUUUUUGUAUUAACAGGAUUCUUUAUGUAUAGUUUUCAAAUAUACUCUCCAAGCACCGUAAUCACUACAUACAGUGGUUAUGGUGCAAGAUGUUCCCUGGCACACGCACCCUCUGUGCAAAGAGACAAAUCAUAUUAAAAUGGUAUGACUUCUUGCCUGGAGUGUUCCGGUAACUACCCGCCACCUACACUGCCAACGCCAGAGAGACAGAUACAUAGAUCAGCUGACAUUCUCACAUUGCAGGGCUUGGCCCUAGAGAGCUAGCCGGAGUUCCUAAUUGGGAACCUCCAGAUCUCUGGGGAUGGCAUCAUGGCCGUGGAGGCUGGAAGUGGCACCCGGUGAAUUCCAGGUAAUAAAUAAAAUCUUUCAAAAAAGAUUUGACUCCUUACAAUGGUACAGGGCAUUCUUGGCACCAUAACCACUGCAGCGAGCUGAAGUAGUUAUGGUGCUUGGAGUGUUCUUUUAAUUCUAUUGCAAGGGUUACAGAGUGAAUUAAACAAUCAUCAGUUUUAGCCUAUUGAGGGUUUUCAGUAAAGCAGUAGUUUUGGUUUACAGAUGAUUUUAUUUCUUUUUUAUUAUUGUAUUGCACUAAGCCUUACUAUUAGUUGUUCGGAGACCACAAAGUAUGCAAAUAAGAAAAGUCUGAAAACAUUGCUGGCUCUCGCAUGUUAUUUUAAUAUAUAUGAUGUCAUACACUAAAUUAUUUAGUAUGGAAAGUUUUACACACAAAAAAGUGCGUGAAGGAUCACGCGUCAGAUUUUAACACAUUUUAGCAGACAGUAGCAAGUGCUGCUGCUUUUUUGAAUUAACCUAUGUGUGUUUAAAAAUAGUGUCAUGCUCUGGACUUAACUAUGGUCUUAUUUUAAACAAAAAUGCAAAACAUCUGUUCCCUGCAGCCUCAGGCUGGUGCUGAUUUGUUAGUGGUGACUGAAACUGGGCUUCUGAUUUGGUUUAAGAAAACCAAAACCCAGCCAUUUACUUCCGCAUUGCUGUGGUGUAAAUGCAGAGGUGUAGAUACAAUAUAAGCUCCGCAUGUGAUAUCACUGUUAUUAAACAGGGUUGCAACAUUCUAGAGCCCUCUGCAGCAUAGUGCAGGGACUGACAACGGUUUGAAAAGUUAAGCUGCUAGUAAAACCUAUGUAAGAAGCCAGGGAAUCUCUUCUAGUUUAUAUUUUAAUUUAUAAAGUGUACAUGGAUUCAGCAUCACUGUACAGUUUGGAUGCAAAACUUAUAGAUUGUAGGUUCCAUAGUAGUGUGCACCUUAAUGUUUAGCACCUUUGGCUGAUUCCCAGGUCUGUAACACCUGUAUUCUGUGGUCAGUUUGCAAUCGUUCCCUUUGUAGGGAAUAAAUCCGUAAUACAAUAAACGCUGACCUUACUUUAGGAGUAAACUGGUGUUUUAAAAAUUACGCAACAGUGUAUCCGUGUCACACACCUCACAGAGACGAAGCGGGUAGGGACGGAGGAACGAGGCUAUCUAGGCACACGUUACCGGCGUACUUGUAUGAUACCAUUUACAUAAUGCCUAUUAAUUCUAUUAAUGCCAGCUGUAUCUUCAAAUUGGAAAUGACGCUAUUAGUAGGCAACUUGUAAAACUCCAAUAAGGAUUACAGCAGGGGAACAGUAUGGCUGGAUUACAGUGUACCGUGGGUUACAUAAGAAUUAGAGUAUUCAAACAGAAUAGCUAUAAUUCGCAGGAAAAAUACAGUAAAAUGUUAUACAGAAAUGUUUACUUGCCCCGUCAUGUUGGGGAAAACUGUGUAGAAUGUUUGAACAUUGGGAGAUUUUCUGUCGGGGAGGGCGCGCUACAUUUUGAUUUUAUUAUCUUUCUUUUUUUUUUUUUUUUUUAAUUUUGCACCGAGGGCAACUGCCACUUUGCCCUCCACCCCCCACACUACGCCACUGCUUGCACACACAAAAAAAACCAUGAUACUGUAGCUUGAAAUGUAAAAAUGAUACAAGUUGCACAUUUUUUAUGAUCCGUUUCAAACUGGACUUUUAUUGAGCUAUAUUCAUUAUAACUGCUGAGAAUACUGGAGGUCCGCACUGAGACAAAUGCUCCGAAAUAUGCAGUAAUCUCGGUUAUACAAACAAAUCUGUAUAAACCGCUGAGAAUUUGAAGUAGAUAAAGAACACACAGUGAUGUUAUAAAGUAUUCAAAUCACCAUGGAAUUAAAAUAGAUACAGAAAAGUCAUUAAAAUCAAAAGAGAAGAAACAGAUAAAAUUACCAGCAUUCCUGUCUGUGCAAACGGGUUUGACUAUCUUUCAGGAUCUGUUGCUACUGUGUCAGAUAAAAGGAAUCUGUAAACAUUUUAUGUCAUAAAUAAUUUCAUGUAUGAACGUGUUUGAUGGGUUUCACACCCUUAAUGCUCGAAAUCAUGUAUUUUGAAAGUGUCUACGUCUAGCUUUAGACUUCUUUUAAGGAACACUAAACAGUUGUUAUUAUUAUUAUGUUUUUUAUAUAGCGCCAUCAAAUUCCGCAGCGCUUUACAAUGGGUGGACGAACAGACAUGUAGUUGUAACCAGACAAGCUGGACACACAGGAACAGAGGGGUUGAGGGCCCUGCUCAAUGAGCUUACAUGCUAGAGGGAGUGGGGUAAAAUGACACAAAAAGGUAAGGAUAGUAUUAGACUAGUGACCGUUGCAGAAGAGGAAUCAGUUAACAGUUUAAUUGAUACGCUUUUAUAAAGAAGUGGGUUUUUAACGAUUUUUUGAAGGCAUGGAGACGGGGUAAGCAUCUAACGGAGGAGGGAAGUGAGUUUGGUUAUGAACACAAACCUGUAUUCCUAAGGCUUGACUGCCACUGUACCUACUACAAUAUAGAGACCUUUUGUUUGUGAUAGAAAUAAAAAAAAUGAAAUGUUUUUGCUUACCGUUUUUCCUUCGGCACUGCUAACUACUCCGCCUCCACUUUUAUUUAAAAAUACAUAAAUUUUUAUUGAAUGCAUCUGCGAAUAUGAAUCUCUAUUAUGAUGCACUAUACCCCCCUAAAUUAACACCGUAGAGAAAAUAUACACUUUUGUGAAAGUGUGGUUCUAAAACAAAAAAAACAAAAAAAAGUGGUGUAGUUUUGUGAAUUACAAUCUCAUAAGAAUGGAUAUUGGUGAAUGAUACAGUGUAGCUGUUUGAAGUAGUUAUAGUUUGAAUCCGAAUACAUUUGAUGCGUAAACUAGUUACAUGAUGUGUUUAUCUUUGCUGGAUACAAAGUAGAUUUUUGGCUGAUAGAAUAUAGACAGAGAAGAAUAAAAACUGCUUAUCCUUAUAUGGUAUUACAUUUAACGGACCUAGAUGUUUUUCUUUUCAUAAUUUUAUACGGGAAUUGCAAGUUGGUUGUAGUAGGCAUAUUUAAUAAAUACGGACAGUGCAAGUGGCAAAAUAAAAGCACUAAUAGUGUGUAUUAUGCUCAUCUAUAAAGUAUUUGUUAGAAGUUAUUUUCCAGUAGAGGGCAGUGUUCCACCAGUUGCUUGCAGACCCUAAAAAUCUAUUUUCGGAAGUUUUAAGUUCCCAGUUUCUUUCCUUACGUGUAAUCACUUCGACGUACCUCUUGCAUACAUUUUAUGUGUAGAAUCACACCUUGAAAUAACAUCUAAAUGCAUACAGGCAAAUUCCAGUACUUUACAAAGGCUGAAUGCGUCUUUAUUACGCAUAGCUUGUUAUAAAGUGGUGGAUGUUACAAUACUGAUUUUUACAGAUGCAUACAGCUAUAGCAUGUUAGGCAGCACAUCAGUAACCACCCUCAGUCACUCCAACUGUCCUGCCAGUUUGAUUGACACUGCAUAGCUUCUGGAGCAAUAGACCUAUCCCUAGCAUAGUGCACCAGCAUUCUGUAGAACUACCUGUAUUUCAGCAUGUCUGUCCUCUUAUUUUCUAUUUCUUUAAUUUGAAGGAAGAAAAGGAUUCACAUUGAAAUGUCUUUAAACUAUAUUCAGAAACGUUUUUUUUUUUUUUAGUCCUUUUGUCAAUGCGACUUCAUAAGGUAGUUGUGUUUUUUCAAUUCACAGACUCUCAUCCUCUGAUACAACAUUCACCAAAAAACAUUCUUAUUUUUGAGAUCCAGAAAAUUAAACAGGAAAUUCUAGAAAGGAUAAUCUAGUUACUACAAUAUUACUUCUAUAAUUAACUAGGUAUGCUGGAUGCAAAGUACAUGUAAAACAUUGACCAGAAGAGGCUGUUCAAAGACACUUGUGUAGCACCCACCUCUUGUCCACCCACGUAUCGCCUCUGUUCUUCGUAGAUUUUCCCUACUUGGGGACACUGACCUCCUCCAUGAUGCCAACAUGAUGGCUUCCUUGCCAGCGCCCAUUCGAAGUGAUGACUGUUCCUACUAGCCAGCGCUAGCAGUGCGAGCUAGGGAGUUACCCUAGCAACCACAGUACAUGUGCUGUGGUUGUUAUGGUGGUCAGCAGAUGGAUCUCUUGAGGGAGGACUUGUCUGCUCUCCCUGUAUCUCAAUUCCUCAACAUUUAGUGCUUGUUGAGAAAUUGAGAUACACAUUUGUAAAUAGGUUUUACUUCCAGUCUAUACAUCUGCUAGCAAAACCGCUAGCUCAAUGUAUAGAUGGAUUUUGAAGCUCGGAGCUGAAGUAAUUUAACUCAUGACCGGGUCCCUUUAAGCAUCUUGGGAAAUGUAAGUCAGAAACAUCUUAGCUGCCACUGUUGGCCAAAACUGUCUUAUCAAGUGGAUGGCAAAACUGGCUUAUCCAAUGGAUGGCAAAACUGGCUUAUCCAGUGGAUGGCAAAACUGGCUUAUCCAGUGGAUGGCAAAACUGCCUUAUCUAAUAGAUGGCAAAAAACUGCCUUAUCUAAUGGAUGGCUAAACUGCCUUAUCUAAUGGAUGGCAAAACUUCCCCACUUCAGUAGUGGGGAAAGUGAUGGAAACCAUGUUAAAGGAUAGGAUUGAUGAACAUCUAAAAACACAUGGAUUUCAAGAUCAGAGACAACAUGGGUUUACUUCAGGGAGAUCAUGCCAAACUAAUCUUAUUGAUUUUUUUGAUUGGGUAACUAAAAUUAUAGAUCAGGGUGGUGCAGUAGACAUUGCUUACCUAGAUUUCAGUAAGGCUUUUGACACUGUUGCACAUAGAAGGCUUAUCAAUAAACUGCAAUCUUUAAGUUUGGAUUCCAAUAUUGUUGAAUGGGUAAGGCAGUGGCUGAGUGACAGGCAACAGAGGGUUGUAGUUAAUGGAAUAUAUUCGAAGCUUGGACUUGUCACCAGUGGGGUACCUCAGGGAUCUGUACUUGGACCCAUUCUCUUUAAUAUUUUUAUUAGUGAUAUUGCAGAAGGUCUUGAUGGUAAGGUAUGUCUUUUUGCUGAUGAUACUAAGAUAUGUAACAGGGUUGAUGUUCCAGGAGGGAUAAGCCAAAUGACAAAUGAUUUAGGUAAACUAGAAAAAUGGUCAGAAUUGUGGCAACUGACAUUUAAUGUGGAUAAGUGCAAGAUAAUGCAUCUUGGACGUAAAAACCCAAGGGCAGAGUACAGAAUAUUUGAUAGAGUCCUAACCUCAACAUAUGAGGAAAGGGAUUUAGGGGUGAUUAUUUCUGAUGACUUAAAGGUAGGCAGACAAUGUAAUAGAGCAGCAGGAAAUGCUAGCAGAAUGCUUGGUUGUAUAGGGAGAGGUAUUAGCAGUAGAAAGAGGGAAGUGCUCAUGCCAUUGUACAGAACACUGGUGAGACCUCACUUGGAGUAUUGUACACAGUACUGGAGACCGUAUCUUCAGAAGGAUAUUGAUACCUUAGAGAGGGUUCAGAGAAGGGCUACUAAACUGGUUCAUGGAUUGCGGGAUAAAACUUACCAGGAAAGGUUAAAGGAUCUUAACAUGUAUAGCUUGGAGGAAAGACGAGACAGGGGGGAUAUGAUAGAAACAUUUAAAUAUAUAAAGGGAAUCAACACAGUAAAGGAGGAGAAUAUAUUUAAAAGAAGAAAAACUACCACAACAAGAGGACAUAGUCUUAAAUUAGAGGGACAAAGGUUUAAAAAUAAUAUCAGGAAGUAUUACUUUACUGAGAGGGUAGUGGAUGCAUGGAAUAGCCUUCCAGCUGAAGUGGUAGAGGUUAACACAGUAAAGGAGUUUAAGCAUGCGUGGGAUAGGCAUAAGGCUAUCCUAACUAUAUGAUAAGACUAGGGACUAAUGAAAGUAUUUAGAAAAUUGAGCAGACUAGAUAGGCCGAAUGGUUCUUAUCUGCCGUCACAUUCUAUGUUUCUAUGUUUCUAUGUUUAUCUAAUGGAUGGCAAAACUGCCUUAUCUAAUGGAUGGCAAAACUGCCUUAUCUAAUGGAUGGCAAAACUGUCUUAUCUAAUGGAUGGAAAAACUGCCUUAUCCAAUGGAUGGCAAAACUGCCUUAUCCAAUGGAUGGCAAAACUGCCUUAUCUAAUGGAUGGCAAAACUGUCUUAUCUAAUGGAUGGCAAAACUGUCUUAUCUAAUGGAUGGCAAAACUGGCUUAUCUAAUGGAUGGCAAAACUGGCUUAUCUAAUGGAUGGCAAAACUGCCUUAUGUAAUGGAUGGCAAAACUGCCUUAUCCAAUGGAUGGCAAAACUGUCUUAUCCAAUGGAUGGCAAAACUGUCUUAUCCAAUGGAUGGCAAAACUGUCUUAUACAAUGGAUGGCAAAACUGUCUUAUACAAUGGAUGGCAAAACUGUCUUAUACAAUGGAUGGCUAAACUGCCUUAUCCAAUGGAUGGCUAAACUGCCUUAUCUAAUGGAUGGCAAAACUGCCUUAUCUAAUGGAUGGCAAAACUGUCUUAUCUAAUGGAUGCCUUGGACAACAGGCUGUGCAACCUUCUGUCUUGUUGGCAAUAUUGCUUUUAUUUUAUUAUUAUUUAUUUAUAAAUCCACAACUAGCAGCCUGUUAUCAGUUUGAGAAACACAAAAGAGAAAACUUUUCUUCAAAUGCUUUCUGAUCGUUGGCGUUUCAGAAGUACGUAAUCCAUUCCAGAUGGCAUACAAUAUGUGCUGGCUGGGUUUCUGCUGAAGAUCUGACAUACUUCGUGAUUAAUCACCUGUUCAUGGCAAGACACAUAUCCCAAAACCUGUUGCAGGAGAGUAGCUUGCUGCCAGAGUUAGAACCUUUUCGACGUUCAUCUAAACUUGACUUCCACAUACUUUUUUUUUUUUUUUCCCUACCAAUUCUUGGACAUAUUCUUGUGCAAUAAUAGCAAAAAGAACAGUCCUAAAAUAAAAUUCUACAUAUAUUUUAAAGACAUGAACAUUUUAAGGACUCGCUGAAGAACCAGGCAGAAAUAAAAAAAAAAUAUAUAUAUAUAGUCACUAAUUUAUGCCACCCUUGUAAACUUUAGUUGUAAUUCUAUUUUUGUAAAAAUAAAACAGCAUAAUGUCUUAGAGAAUAUUUAAGCGGUUUGCUUUAUGUCACUGACCACCAUUAUGUGGGUGGGCAUCCAUAUUUGUUGUCUCACCCCACACGUAGUUUGUUCUUCUUUGUUGUCCCUCCCAUUCUAAAUGGUCUAUAAACGUGUGUCCUCAAAUAACAUUUUUGGCUCUUUAGUAAAAACUUGGGGCAAAGAUUUUACUGAAAAUUAAAAAAAAAAAUCACUUUUCCCCCCCAAAAUUUUUUUAAACCUGGAAAUCUAUGGAAUCUUCUGUGGACAAUGUUCCACGUCAUGUCAAGUUCAUAUGACUGGUGGAAGAACACCAAACUCCCAACUAUUUUUAAUAGUUAUUUUGUCUUGUUUUUAGAGAAACUUUAAUGGAAGAGCAGAUUUCUGUGGAGCAAUGGCAUGCCAAAAAUAUUCUUUUAAAAAUACCACAGAGCUGUUUGAAUUAAGGACUGGCGCGAUGUGUAGUAGAGAACUUGAUUUCAUUUGUUUACUUUAGUAUGAUGGCACAGAUGUUUUGUUUUAAAGCGUAAAAGUUGUGGCCUUAACUCACCCAAUACGCUACAAACAUUACAAGUCUUAAUUAAAAAGUAUUUUUUUCCUAAAUUUUUUUUAACUUUUAUAUCUUCCCGUCAGUCUUGGUUAAUAGGAUUAUCGUUCCAACAAGGUACACAUAUUCAAAAACCUUUCAAACUCAGUAGUUGUGGUUGCCAUUUAUGACCACAAACAUUGUAUAUUUUGCGACACAAAUCUAUAUUUCCAGCAGAGUGAGUGUGUGUGUGUGUGUGUGUGUGUGUGUAUACACACAUCUAACUGUCAAAUGUCUUUAACUUCACUAAGGUGAAAAAUAAAAUUGAAAAUCUCAACUACCAAAAAAGAAAAAUGUAAGUGUUAAAUUAGUAUCAAAAUGGUAAAAUAAAACAAACACUAACUACCUAGGUAUGCCAGCAUGACCUUUAUGCAGUGCAAUAUGUGCAUUUUGUUGGCAUUGUGAUAUUUUAUGGAAUAUAUAUAUUUUCUUUUUAGGAAUCCUUGGUUAAUGAACACAGAAUAUUUGCAAAUAAAAUGUUUGAUAUUAUUCAAUUGGAGUUACUGAGGUAUGAUAGAUUGUCAGCUCUCGUGCUAUCUAGCUAAGUACUUUGUAUUAAAGAGCUUCAAUGGCUAGAUAUCAUCUUACGGGCAGGUCCCUCUCUACCUUUUGUACGUCCUCCACUAAUUGUACAGCGCUGCGGAAUCUGUCGGCGCUUUCUAAAUACCAGUAAUAAAUAAAAACAUGUGGGGAAGAGAGAGGAAGUACACCAGGAAGGAAUGGAUACCUGAUGGUGUGUAAUAAAGAGGAUAUAAAGAAUGAGUGUCUCUUUAUACAUUGAGGGUGGUCAAUGUGCCGGAACAUCCUUUUAGAGGAAGUGCCUGAAGCCUCUCUCCAGUGCCCUCAAACAAGGUCCAAACAAAGCUAUUGUUGAUUUUCACCUAUGGGCUCCAUGAUGCAUAAAAUACUAGGCUACGUUUGUAGAUCCUUUAGUGGCAGACAUCUGUGCACACACUCUCUUAUCUGCUGAGUGACUGAAUGGCUAAAGGUUCUUAUUAAUGGAGUUAGUCUGACUUUCUUUUACUCCAGUAACAAACGGAUUGCAGGCUUAAGGAAAUCUGUUCUGUUGUUUUGUUUUGUUUUUUUUGUCUGCUUCAUUGAUCCACUUUCAGUAUGAAUUUGUGUAGCUUUCAGAGGUCUCAGUACAUAUCCUGUUCUCGUGCUCAUCCUGUUAGUGAAAAGUUCUGAUUGUCAUUUAAUUCGUCUGCAGGUUUUUUGUAUUUUGUUGACCUUUUAAAUAGUCAUUUUAUUUUUGUAACUUUUUUUUUUACUUAUUUGGAAUAUGAUAGCAUGCUAUUUGGGUAAUGCAUGUUAAAAUAAUGUACCAUUCCUAGCCUUCUAUGUAGCUAAAAUGUACUUUUUUGUUGUUUUCUUGUGUCGCUUGCUUUGUUACACCCAAUAUUUGAACUGAAGAUGGACUUUAGCUUACUCUGUAGAUUGAAAUAAUCAUCAUUUCUUUUUUUUAAAUAAUUUCAGAAACUGCAGAUAAAAAUGAUUGAUCUAACUUUAGUAAAUACAUGUCUCCUUAACGAAACUAGUUGCAGCUCUGUCAAAUCACAGUAAAUGCUUAAAGUGACAUUGUAGUCACCAGAACCACCACAGCCAUAGCCAGUCCAUGGAGGUUGAGCACUGCAAAUGCUGCCUUUUCAAAGAAAAGACCUAGCUUACAUUUAUGCCUAGUAACACCUCUAGGUGCAGACACUCGGACCACCUAGUCUAGCACUGCACAGUGUUCCUUUUUUUUUAUUCUUUAUUUUGGUUGUGCAGGUGGUUACAGGUUAUUAACAGACGCCACAACAGCGUAUUUCAAGAUUUACAGUAGUUGUGUAGUGGCAUAGAAAUUUGUACAUUGUUUUAUAUUGUAUAUCUUGCUUAACUAAACGGUUAUGUUGUCAAAAUAUGAUUAACUAGCAUAAACUAAAACAAAAUAAUUAAUGCUUGACGUUGAGUACAUCGGCAUUUGUGGUAGGCAUACUGAUUUACACAUAAAGCUUAAACUUCGCCAAUGAAACCGUACAUUUGCUAAAAUCAGGAGUUGGUCAGAGAAGACAAUAUCGAGCUGUUAGCGGUUUUGAAUGACAUGCUGAGAUACUUAAAUGUACCGCUGGGUACGCAGGGAAGUUGAAACAGGCAAAAUUAAGCAUGACUUAAGCGGCCACAGGUCUUAUUACGUAUAGCAAAAUCUCACAGGGGCUGGUGAAGCAAGUGGUAAGAGUUGUAACAUGCUAGACUUCUUAUGCAGCCCGUCAAGUGCUAUGCACCAAUGGAAUUCUAAAUCUGAAACUUAUCUAGGCUCUAGGCUUUACUGAGUUAAACAAUAUAUACAUAUCAAGAGUCUUGGGCCCCUAGAUUGUAGAGGCUCAUUAAUAACUGGUUUCACAGGUUAACUGACCGACCACUGAGCCAUAGCACCUCCCUGCCAGUCUGUAUGUUACGUCGAUCAGCCGAUGCCGAGAGUGCUCCUUUAAGAGUGCGUGUGUGUUGCCAGACCCGGAGUUCUCUACAUCGCUGCUUCGCCGUCUGGCUCGGGUCAGAUCCCUGGCCCUGUGGUGUGUGUUUCUUCCGCCAUGGUGAGUUAGUAGCAGGGGGUCUGGGCUUUGUUUCUCUCUGGUAUGCGUGAGGGUGGAUGUCGGAGUCUGGUAGCCCUGUCGCCAUUUCCCGCCGUUUAAGGAUGGCUCUGUCUGGAGGCUGUUCUGGGAGCUCCAGGUGGGCUUCUACUCAGGUGGCGUCAGGUAGCCGGGCGGAUCCACGCUGCCACACUUCACAUGACCAGCUUGAAGUGUCGACCCCUGGCGUGGAGCGAUGUCCAGUGGCCGGUACGAAGCUGGUCAAAGAAUGCUUGGGUGUGGUUUAGCGGGAGUGUUUUGUGCCGCCAUCUUGCGUGGGCCCCUGGAGGCUUGUACGUUUGUGGGCUUGGUCGUUUGUUUGAGCCGCUGUGUGGGGGUAGUCGUCCCCAGUGAGGACUGGGAUAUCCCCCGCCGGUCCAGAGGGGGGGGGGGGUAGCAGGGCAGCAUCCGAGUGAAGCUUAUGAGCAGAUCUCGUGCCGGGAGAUCGGCCACUUCCCCCAGGCCUUAGGCUCCGCUCUAGUGUAGGCCGCAUGGCCGGUUUGGGUGCUCGGUUCGUUUGUCGAUGCGGGACAGAUACCAUUCUGUUCCCUGUGUUGUCCUGUAUCAGCUUUUGGGCACCCUGUGCUGCUGGCAUGGUUAGAUUGACCAGGAUAAUCGUUUUUGUGCCCGCUGGCUUGAGAGCCCUCAUGGAGCACGUCCGGCCAUCUUGGCUGUCGGGCCCCGCCCCCUCUAUAGUGUUCCUUUUUAAUGUAAUUUGUAUCAAAAUGUUAACGUUUAUUGUUUCUUCAUUUAAUUUUUUUUUUUUUACCCUUUAAUUUCGGGUAAAUUUAUUUUUGUUGAACUUUCCCGUAACUAUCAUUGGUAAAGCAAAGAGGAAAAGGGGUUUAAUUGACCAUGGUCUCCAAAAAAGAGACAGCCUGGUUAAUAUAUUGUAAAAAUUUAAAAAAAAUGUAUUAAUGUUUUGGAUUUUUUCAUUUGGUUUUUUUGUGUGGUCUAUUUAAAACGUCAGCCAUCAAUCCACAGAGAAGUCAAUAUGUGAUAGAGUACACUAUAAUUAUCCCCAUUAUCUCUGCUCAUUGUGUUUUGUGUUUCUACACUUUAGGAAUUCAGAGAGUGCAGCAGUUGGCAGAGAACACCAGAUAUUUCCGGCAGCGGUUACGCGAGCUGGGAUUCAUUAUUUAUGGGAAUGAGGAUUCUCCGGUUGUACCAGUACUCCUGUAUAUGCCAGGAAAAGUAGGGUAAGUAUCAGAAGCAACGCAGUAAAUAAAAACAAUUUAUGUUUAAAAUAGUUCAGCAACAUCAUAACAUUUUAUGUAAUCUUAAAAUGUACAAUUGUCUUUAUACCUUAAAUAAACCUGUAUUUAUAGAACAAAUAUUACGUAAAGCGCAAAGCGUUCUUACACAAAUCACCUAAAUUAAUGGUUUAUCUAGGUACACUUUUACCUUAAUAAACAGCAGCUUCUCAUCUAAAUAAAAGAAUGAGAAUAUAGUGUAGUACUUUAAUAAUAGACUUUAUCAGUCAUUUUUUUAUUGUAUAUGUUUUAUAGAAACUAUACACAGUACUGACCAAUGGACUUAAAGUCCAGAGGACACAGAAGGUCACUUAUAAUAUUGAAAACACAAUUUUAUUUAGAAAUGAUUAUAUAACCGGAAGCCCAUUAAAAAGAGCCCAAUGACUUGACAGAUAUGAAGUGGGUAGGGGGGUUACGGGUUAGUAGGAGCUGGCUUGAGAGGGUGGGUUAAACGUCAGAAAAAUAUUAUAAAGCUGAUCCGAUGGACUAAUUGAAAAUGGAGACACAAGAGUACAGGUUAGAGUGGACUAAAGUGUCCAGAAAGUGUGGGGUAUAUAGUUAAUACACCCCUCUACAAGAACCAAAACAUGCCUCGUUAUUACAACCAAUAUCCCCCAGACUAUAUGCUUAUCUCUCAAUAGUGAACAUGUGCAGACUUGUAGAUUUACUCCAAUAGUGGAGCGAUAACAGUGUAACCACCUAAAGAGACAGUUAUAAGCAAUGGACAAGUGUAAUCACCUUCAAGUAAUUUUACCAACACAUCAUUAUCACGUGGCCAAAAAAUAAAUCCCUAAGCCUUCAUAUUGCUGACUUUAAAAAAGGUGUCUACUUUGAAGUCGCUAUCUGAAAAAAUGUAAACAAGAAGGCUUAGUGCUGCCUAUAGGAAUAACCCUAACCUUGCAAAAUCUUGCACGCUUGCCCUGAUUCCCUAGGUAUACCCUAUAUAAACCUCACCAUACUGAAUUAAACCCUCAUUUGAAUAUCUACAAUAUCCCUCACAAGACAAACAUCCGUGAAAAAACAAAUGUACAGUGAAAUGUUUUGUUUUUUUUUAGUUUUUUUUUUUUUAAAAGAGAAAGAAGAGAAGCCUGACGCGCAUUUCGGCGCUACUAGAGCACCUUCGUCUGUGGCAUAUAAGCAAAUCGCCUCUCUUUCUUUUUAAAGGGAAAUGGGUAGGUCUAGUGCCCGAGAUAGCCAAUGAGGCAUAAGAGGGUGUGUGCUCCUGCCCCAUCUUCCAAUGAGGUUAGGAGGUGUGUAUACAUCCUCUACACAUAUGUCUCCCUCUCAAGGUGCCAUGCAUUACUACCUAGCUUCCCUCUGCCCACAUUGGCGGAACGUCAACCCUAAUGGUAAUGUGGGUUAGACUGGCGCCCUAAGUGGCCAGUAAGGUGUUAGGGGGUGUGUGCUUCUUCUCCCAGUACUAGGGAUUGUGUACAUUCUCUUCACAUAUGUUCCCAAUGUAUAAUACUUUAACCCAAUUUACCUCCGCCCACAUAGGCAGAACGACGAUCCUAAUAAAAGUAAAUAGUGAUGUAGCUUAGCACAUCCCUCCCAACCUGAAAGGGGUGGAGGGGGCAUAUAAGUGCGCGUUUCAUGCUUGGUAUGUCCACAUUACCCCCAUCUAUGAUGAAUAGGAUUAAUCAGGUUAUCAUAAACACUUUAGCUGUAAAUCCCAAGUAAUCGUUAGGAUGAAUAAGAGAAGCAAACAAAAAUUCUACAGGCGAUCUUUUGUACCUAAAGUCCCAUCAAAAUACACAAUAUGGAAAGAAGAAGAAAAUUGUAUAACACGCUGUAUCAGCCUAUAUAAUUGAAAAAAAUAAUAUCCCUUUUAUUAUUAACAUUAUUACUCCUACGUGCCAAUAAAGGGGGUGAAUGUAAAGCCCUCAUUUAAUCCUCUGGGUGCCACGGUAUCUAAUUUAUUGAUCCAAAAACACACACUCUUUUUUGAGGGCUAGAUCCAGUCCAUGCAGUCUCUUGUCCAUGCAGACUCUUUCAAUCUCAGCAAAUGUCAUACCCUUGGGGGAGUUUUUAUGGUAUGACCUGACAUGUCGGGUGAAACGUCACAGAAUGUAUUGCAGUUAAAGAACUGCUUUACUGGGACCUUGACUGUACCAAUGGAGUCUGUUAAAACAUCUGACCUUCUGGAGAUGUACUUGCAAGCUAACACAGCGUCCACAUUGGUACGUACCAGUUACUGAAAUCCAGUUCCUAUUUGUACUAGGGGCUGACAAAUGGCUUGGUACUAACAUUUCCUUUAGAUGUUUUCCCCUUCUGGCUGUUAGUGAGACUCUCUUGGGGAGACGACAUUUGACACGUAUGGAUUCUGAGUCAGGAGUGGCCAAAAUCUUUCUAAGGUUUUCUUAGCGACGUCCCAUCCUGAAUCAAAAUUAACCACACAUCUACUCUGUUUAGGGGUGCUUAGCCUAGCCGUGUCUCCAAGUAGCGUUUCUCUCUUACAUGCCAGUGCUCUCUGUUAUGCUCUUUUCAGACAUCUAUUAGGGUACCCUCUUUCCUUGAACCUCUGCUUGAGUUGAAUUGCUUAAGACUUAAAAUCUUCAAUAGAGGAGCAGUUCCUCCUCAGCCUCAAGUACUGACCAAUUGGAAUUGCCCCUCUUAAAUGGAGUUGGGUGGUAACUGACCCAUCUAAGCAUGGUGUUGGUGGAGGUGGAUUUACGAUAGAGCGUGGUGUUGAUGUUUUAUGGAAAAAUCACCACUAGUGACAAUAUAUUAUACCUAUAGCAGAGCAACAAUGACCACAUGUAAAAGAAAACACCAUAAAACUGCAGUAUGUCAGGGUUACAUUAUCUUCUACAUAUUCCCUACUCUAAGAACUUUUCAAAGAAUCUGAUGUUAUCAGUCUUCACACCGAGUCGUAAUUAAAUCAGGACAGAGCAAACCAUUUAUAUUGGAAGUAUUACAGCAGGAUGAUAACAAUCUGUAAUACUGUAAUAAUAUUAUUGUUAUUUAUAUAGCGCCAACUUAUUCGGCAGCGCUUUACAAUAUUAUAAAAGGGGGAGCAUUUACCAAAAAUUAGAAAAUGACAAAAUGUUACAGGUUGAUGAGGAGCCUGCUUACAGUCUAAAGGAGGUGGGGUAUAAAAAUACAAUAGGAAUGGCAUCAGGGAGGACUGCAAAUAAGCAAGGUGGAAAAGUAACAGAACACGAGGUGAGUGUGGCUCUUUAGGAGAGAGCACGUUUGUAAAAUUGAAAUUACUGUGGGAGGCCAUAAGCUUUUCUGAAGAGAUGUGUUUUGAGGAACUUCUUAAACGAUUGAAGACUAUGAGAGGGCGUGAAGGGGACUAAACUGGCUGUUCCAAAGGAAAGGAGCUGCCCGCAAGUAGUCCUGUAAGCGCAAAUUAGCAGUAAGGGUUGCCAGCAGAGCAGAGAGACCGAGAAAGAGCGUACCUACGAAUCGGUGAAGGAAUAUAACUGGGGCUAGAGUUGUUAAGCGCUUCAUAGGUAAGGGAUAAUAUUUUGAAAUGACAAUUAUAGGAUACAGGGCAUAAAAUAAAUCAACAAAUGCUGUAGAUGAAGAAUUUCAUGUAGGCUUUAUUUGAGCAGGGCACUCAAUCCCUCUGUUCCUGUGUGUUCGGCUCGUCUGGUUACAAAUUACGUGUCUGUUACUCCACCAAUUGUACAGCGCUACGGAAUUUGUUGGGGUUUUAUAAAUAAUUAUGAUCUAGCACCAACUUAUUCCGCAGCACUUAAAAUAUUAUAAAGGGUAAAAUUUAACCGGGAAAAUUUAAUAAAUAAGAUAAUUACAAAAAGUUAUAGGAACAAUAGGUUGAUGAGGACCCUGCUCAAACGACCGCAUUUGUUGAUUUAUUUCCUGUCCCACAAUUUGGAGGCAUUUAGUUAUUGUACUCUUUAUGUGACACUUGCUAUUUUGCAUGUGCUUCACGUUCGAAAUGAGAUACCCUUUUGAAAUGCCUUUUUCCGUACAUACAGCCAUGCUGCAAAACACUUGGUCCUGAAUUAGUCCCUGUCGUAUAUACAACUGUAGGCUAACCUCCCAGACGUUUAACAUGAAUUUCCUAAAAUAGCAGUGGAAUUAUGUUCUCGAACCUUGACUUCUUCUUGUUGCCCCAGGAAACACAUACAAACAGAAAGGUUUGCACAGCAAGCCGUGUAGAACGGGCUAUGUGUUUUCUUACACAGAGCUGUAGCAUGCGUAGUGAAAAUGUGCCAAGUUCUCUUUCUUCUUUGGAUUGUAGCCAAAUUAAAUUGAUACAUAGAUAUAUCUUGAUUGGAAUACUGGCCCAGCCUCCAUGACUGAGAUCAUCAAUCUUGAUGUUCUCCGCCAAUCCAAUGCUUUACCAUAGGAAAGCCUUGAGAGGCUAUUGUGCAUGUGCGGCAAAACGCUGCACCAACCAGCAUUUCCUCAUAGACUUGCAUUGAGUCAGUGCUUCUCCAAUCAGAGCGUUGAGACACUGAACGUCUGUGCUGCACACUGGACGCAGGAAGCACCUCUAGCAGCCGUCUGAGUGACUGCCACUAGAGGUGUAUGUGAGUGCAUGUACUAUACUAUAUGCACACAUGCACCCUUGUAAGAAUUGUUUUAAAGGAACAUUCCAUUUCAAAAGCCUUUGAUUCUGAGUUAGGCGAGAGCGUGCAAUUUCCGUGCAUGCCUGUGCUGAUUGGGGGAGGGGGGCAGGGAGGAAGAUGCAGCCAGGAAGAAGGAACAGAAAGUCAUGUGGACCAGGGAGAACCUGGUAGCCCUGAGACUGCUCGCGCACUGGCUCUAUGGCACAUAUGGGAGAAGGCGCGUCUGCCACUUCCAUUAGCUCAGUCAAACAUUCUGCUGUGUCUGGAUCACUUGGCUUAUAAUGUCAAUUAUUGGAUAUUUUUUAUGCACUAAGCAUUAUUAACUUUUAGUCAUACAGUUCUUAAAAUAAAUAAAAUGGCAUGUGACCGUUUCCAUUAAAAGGAUACACAACAUAUAACAUGUAAAUAACCUCUAUGGUGCAUGGCUCACUAUACUCUAUAUUAAAUGAGAAUGCAGUGCUCGAACGGUGUUUAAUUCCUUAUAAACGUGCAUUUUCAUAACUAACUGACUGCAUGGGAUAAAAACCUCUCCAAUUAGAAAUAGCUAAAACCACUCAUUGAAUACUUUUUUUGUUCAGAUUCUUUUAUGUUCAUGCCAAUAUGUAGGUAUGCAGAUACAUUAAUAGCAGACCAUAAACACUGCACAUUAGUUAGUGAAGCCAAAUCUCUCCGCAAGGCAACAGAUGGACGGCCAUCGAAUAUGAGUCCACAGUAAUCUCUUCUCGUUGUUUUACGAAGUCACUGGAGAUUAACUCUCGUCAGCAUCAGUAAAACUAAUCAGUGUUAUCCCAGUUAUGCAUGUCACUCAUUAAUUAUGCACUAUGUUAUUUAGCACGGCAGGGCUUUGUCAUUAUUUAUAAGCUUAAAAGUAAUCUAGGAUGCCAUCGGUCUGAAAGGUCUCCUCAGUGAAUGAAAUACAUUUUGGCUUUCCUAAUCUUUAGAUAACAGAAACCUGAUUUUAUUGUUGGUAUCUAAAUAAAUAAAUAAUCAAAGAUUAAAACAUCUAUAGCCUUUUAAAGCUAGUCUAAUACUUUUCACUGUCUUUCAUAAAGUCAAACAAAGAUCUAAAAACAGAUAUAAAAAAGUACAUGAUUACUUGUCCUGAUUUUCUUGUCCCUUGUUUGUAGUACUUUUGGAUUUUUUUUCCCCAAAUGUCUUUAAAUAUCCUCCGCAAUAGAACUAGCAAUGAUUUGUGCUGUGUCUAAGUUGAUCACAUUGCUCCAUAGCAAUAAAACUAUUGUGCGUCGCAUAUAGACGAGUAUAUUACAGAGCUUCUUAAUGUAAAGUGUCAGCGUAUAUAAAAAUAUCAUAGAUUGUAGAAGAGCCUUUAACCUAAAUACACUAAUCCAAUGUACGUUGGUAAAGUUUACUUAUGAAUAACCACACAAUUUGGUUUUGUGCUGAAAUCUUCUGAUAGAUUUUAUUUGUAAAUUCAUUAAAAAACUCACUUUCUUCCAUUAUCCUUCCAUUUUCACAGCGCCUUUGCAAGGCAUAUGUUGGAGAGGAAAAUUGGCGUUGUCGUCGUCGGGUUCCCUGCAACACCCAUUACUGAAGCCAGGGCUCGGUUUUGCAUUUCAGCCUCUCACACGAAGGAGAUGUUGGACACAGUAAGUUACUCCCAUUGCACUGAAUUUCCUAUUGUAUCGUUGAAAUUGUAUCCACUUAAUGACCAGUGACCGUCAACGUGACCAUAACUAUCUGGUCCUUGAGGUGUAGG